AUGGGGAGGAAAAAGAUUCAGAUUCAGCGGAUCACUGACGAACGCAACAGACAGGUGAGCCGAGGAAACCUGAACGCCAAAGAGCGUAGACGGGCGACGAACGAAAGUGAAAAUACAAGAAUAAUGAAAACAGACGACAGGGUCAUUACAGCUGAGUUUAACUACUGAAUAAUGUCAGCAACAUCCAGAACAGGCUGAGGAAUGAACCACAGGAAGUCCCAAAAACUGCAGUUCCUCACAUGACCACUGGAGGCCGGCCCCAAAACGAGUCAGCCUCCAUAGAGUCCAGUGAUUUAGUGUUUCACAGCAGAAUUCAGCCUGUUUACAGCCGGGAACAGGAACAGUUUUGGUCUCUGAAUCUUACUCUUUAACUCUAUAAGAGGUUAAGUGUUUUUAUUACUUAUAUUUAAAUAAUUUAAAGGCUGAAAGUUGAGCAGAAUAUUUAUGGUCAAUUCUGCCUCAGCUGAAACUUUUGGGAGAUACUUUUGUGCAAAUUUAAAGUCAUCAUCUAACUUUUAAAAAUGGUUAUUCUCAUGUUUUUCCAUUCGUAUUUGCAUAUCAGCGCUUAUUAGUGUCUGCAGGCGUAGAACUUUGCUAAGAGUAAAAACCUCAUCAGCUGUUUUCUCCGUUCUGAGGUGAACCGGCGAUACUUCAUAAACUUUUGAUUUUAAACUACUGCUAAUCUUUUAAAAAACUGAGUCAUUCUGUUGGUAAACAGUGUCGACCUCUGGUGUUCAGAUAUGAAGACAGUGUGGUAGUGUAGGAAACUGCAGUUCCUCCAGUGUCCACUUGAGGCCAACUAAUGGCCAUUCAGACCCAUAUUUAAAAAAUCCCUUUUAGAGCAAAAGGAAACAUGUUUACAGUCAGGUUCAAAAACGGGUUUCAUUUAAUGGCCUUUUUUUUUCUUCGUACACACUGUAGAAGAAAAGUGGAGGUUAUUUGUCGUGCCCAACUUUCACUGUCUGAGGCUGUAGGUCUGAUUGCAGUAACACUAAAAUCCUACAGGUGGUGCAUCAUGUUCAGUGUCAAGUUUUCUUAAUUUUUUUAGACUAGUUUGAGCUCAACGAGGCGAGUUGAAAUUCAAGUUUUUGUUUCAAACUACUUCAAAAUUAGUCACUUCUGAACAUCCUUACCUAUGAAGAGCUCACUCAUGAUCUAUCCUCGGUUAUAUAACAUUUACCACUGUCGCACACUUCUGUCUUUCCCUCUUUGUUACUGACUGGAUGGGGCGGAGUCACGUCUCUGACGUAGGACAGCGUCUUAAAGGGACAUGAGACCAUAGCCUACCUACACACAUCCAAAAACAACUUUGAUUUAUUUAGUUUUUGACACUGAAUAUUCCGAUAUGGGCAAGAUGACGUCGGAUAUUGUUGUAAAGUUCGGUAUCACCCAGCACUUCAGUGAAACUUGUCUAACUGUGUGUGUGAAAACUUUCUCAGAGGUCAGCAAUGUGCAGUUUUUGUGCGACUGUGCAGCUCUUCUGAGUACCGUCUGUUUUCACCGUCCUGCUCAUGCUGGUAAAAACGCUCCACGAGGUUUAAUGACUUUACAGUAAUUUACUGUUUCCAUAAGCUGACGAUAAAGUCAGCCGAAAUCCUGUUAAAUCGGAGUGUCCUGAUACAACUUCUUCACUUCCGAUCUGAUACCAACAUUGUAGCCUUCGUUAUCAGCCGAUAUCGAUAUUAAUCCGAUAUUGGUACAAACUUGUGCAUGACAAGUUUUCCGCUCAGCUGCAACGUCUUUUUCUGCUAGAGGUGCUGGAGUGGAAUCUGGGAUGGACUGCUUCUAUCGGAGUGCUGAUAUCGGAGAUUCUACAUGCAGGCCGAUAUCAGACUGAUAUCUGAUAUCAGUAUCGUAUCGGGACAGCCCUGCUGUUAAAGGUUCACCGUGUCGUUUUUGUCCCGGUGAUCUUUAACUCCAGGGAUUCGAAGUUCUCACAGGGAUCAUCGCUCUUUUAUUCGUCCCAUGUACCUUGAAACGGCGUGCUGACUGUUCUUUCAGCUGUUCUCCUACAGAACAAUAUAUCGGCAUCAUGUUUUAGGUCACAUGACUCUGCAGAGUAAUCACGGAGAGAAAAAGAGCAGAAAGUCUGAUCCUCCCCGUCAAAAAAAACCCACCACGGCCCCUUCCCCUCCGGUUACAUCAGCUGCAUUGUCAGAGAGGAUGAAAGGGUAAAUGAUCCAUCUAAAAUGAGUCAACUGGUAAAUGGGCUUUGCUCCAUUGAGCAGAUUGAGUAAUGGAUUUGACGUGCCCACCUUCAGAAGCAGAAGAGCGAGGAGAAAAACAAGACGAGAGCGCUGCAGAGAGAGAGAGAGAGGGAGAGAGAGCAACAACAACAACCACCACGACAACCUGAGCGCUGUGAGAGCGAGCCGGCCGCAGGCUUUGGAAAAUCAUCCUCAGUUUUCUCCUCAUCAAUCUGAGCAGGUCGCAUUUCCAUAAAAGAGAACAAAUGGCGCCUGAAGGGGGUCAGGUCCAGAGUAUGAUGGCGUGUUAUUCAUCAGAGAAGACAUAAAGGAGGAGGGGUGAGCGCUUUCAGGUCCAGCAGGCUCGGCUUAAUGGAGCUGGCGUUUGUAUCAGGUGUCGAACACUUUGUCAAUAAGGUGAUGCACUCGGCGGUGAUACACGGUCAUCGCACCGACAUUAAAGAUCGCUUAUUGACCCUGAUCUGCUGAUUAACACGCGGCCGAUUGUUUCUUAAUCACUGCAGCAGGAGGAGACAUUUGGACUCCCUGAGCUGCUCUCAGCAUUUACAUUUACUCCUCUGUUUAUCUGAUCGUCUAAUCCGGAGCAAUUUACACACUGAAAUAGGAUUCAGUUCUUCAGUCAGAGCAAGUCUGCCGUCUUUGAAGUGGAACAGAGUAUUAAGCCGCCCGAGAAAUAAGUGCUUUUUACACGCUUGCUCGGCGUUGCUUCAGCUAAUGAACAGUGCGGCUCCUGAAAGGAAAUCAAAUGAAUUUUUUGGAGUACAUGCAGCCCGUCACCCUCCUACGUGUUGAUUCAGAGCUGCUGCCAUAAGCUCAGUAAAAUAAACAGCGUUCAGAGUGUGGGCCCCGGCUGGAAACAUGACAGCAUCUCAAAUACCAUGUUUCUUCACCGAGACAAAAGACGCCGCGGAAAGAGCAGCGAACAUGACUGCGAGUGUUGGAUCGAUCGGACGGGUUUUAUAUUUCUGGAGAGCGUUAUUCAAACCGGAGAAAAAAGGGAUGACAUUUCUUAGACGCUGUGACCCCUCAGGCGGGAAAGGGUGAAACGCCAUUAAGUAAAAGCUGUGCAACAUCGAGUACAAGACGGCAGUGUGUUGAACACGGUUUUUAAGGUCAUAUCAGGAUCCGAGGGUUUCAGCAUUCAGGAUUCAAACGGCUAUGACUAAACCGGAGCCCCGCUGUUUCACACCGCGGCGUCUAAAUGAGAAACACGGGGGAUGAGGUCGGUCGUGUCGCCAAAGUUUAAGUCUGAGUCACAAAAACUGCACAUUGCUGACCUCUGAGAAAGUUUUCACGUGUUCGGUCGGACAAGGUUCACUGAGCCUUUAACCUUUUAUUCUGGUGCCGUUUAAAGUCCUAUCGAGGUCCUGAUCAUGAAAAAGUUUGGUUAGCCUUUUCCGUUACAUACCAAAACAGUCGACAAACACAUUAAGGAGGUUCUCUGGUUCUAUUAACAACAGUGUCAUCGAGAUAUGUCAGAAAACGGCGUUUAUCGAUUUAAACAUGUCAACAUGCUGUUUUCUGGAGGAACGGUUCUGUUUUACUUCUUCUUCAGAAAGAAGAAUUAAAGGUCGAAUUUUGUUGUUUAUUUUUUAAUAUAUAUUUAUAUAUAUAAAUUAUAGAUAAAAUUUGGAAUAAUCCAAAUAUAACAUUAACAUAAAAAAACAGAUAUUUUGUUUUUGGAAAACUCUGAAUGUUUUGGAAAUGCACAGAAAACAAAACAACAUUUAUCAGAAAAUUAGAAAAUAAAAAUAUUUAUUUUCUGUUUUUUAAAAAAUAUUUUGCUUCUUGAAUCGUCUCUGAAAGUGGAAAAGUAGAACCAAAUUCUCGAUUUAUUAUUACUUUUGUUAACACAAAAACACACUGAUGCUCUGAUUUAGCACACGACAUUUACAGUAAAUAAAAGAUAAACUAAUUUAAUUAUUAAUCUGAUUAUUCUCUGUGAGACAGAGCUGAGAAACCCUCAUUUCAGCAGCAGUAGAGUCGCCUCUUCACAGUCUUUCCUGCACAGAAGUUAAAGUUUCUCUCUGUCGACAGUGAUGUGGUUUCUCUAAACUUUAAUAUUCAGGUUCUGAUGUCCUCUCUUUACCACCACUGAUCUUGAAAUGUGACGUGUGGCGUUUAAGUGAAAACCAAAAAUCAGAUUUCUGACUUUAUUUCACCCGCUCAGAUAAACUGACCUGAAAACGUUCAAAUCUGUUUUAUGAAAAAUGAGACAACCUCAGAUUUUCACAAAAACAACGUAUAUUUGGACCUUUAGAUUUUUGUGUUUAUUGUUUCAGUCAUUUCUGGACAUUUUGGUAAAUUUGUAGUUUUUUUCUUAAGAAUUAAGCAUGAAUUUGACCUAAAGACAGGAAACAGCAGCUAAAGGAAACUUUUUUGAAUUUUAACCUUAAGUGUAAAUUAUUAAUCUGUUUAUUUUUGUGUAAUUUAAGGAGUUAGGAAAUAAGCUCUCAUGAUAAACUGUAAAAUAUGUCUUUAACUGUUAAUCAGGGAAGAUGAUUCAACUCAACACUCACUCUGACUCUUCAUAAACAGGUUUUUCUGCUCGUGUCGUUUUUAAAGGGGAAGUACGUUUAUUGGCGAGGUGUGUUUUUCCUUUUUUCCACCAUAAAAUCUCUAAAAUCAUCGGAAAGCGCGGCGGCGUUGUGAAGUCUUUAGUCAGAACUGCUCAGACCUGACGGUGUGGGGCGAGACCGUGAGCUCGCAAACGAAAGAGAGAGUGAUUUAAGCUACAGGAAACAGCGUGAGGAGGUCGCGGCUGUCAGUGGUGGUUUCCUCAUCCAUCUGCCACGCCGCCGCAACCUCGCCAAGACACACGCAGUCACACACACAUGAACAAAUCAAAGCGCUCGCCCCCUUUCUUCCCCUCUUUCUCGUCCUUCUUUCUCGCCUCACUAAGGAUGUCUUAGUCGUCAGUUGCCAUUGGUUACCUGGCAGUUCUGCUCUUAAUGUCAAUUACCUCCAGCUUGUUUAUCCUUUGUGGCGAACAGCGGGACCUGGAGUCACUUACCCGCCGCCCACUUUUUCCAAGAGAAGCAGCAGAAGUAAAAGGAUUUUUCUUUUUGGAUGUUUGGAGUGGUUCUGUUUGUUUUCGGCGCCGGAGCGGGAUGACCUUAUAAUUCGUUAGCAGAGCGGUUGUUGUUGUUUGCAGAGGCUCGUCUCUUCAUCACCAACCGCUCGUCAUCCUGCUCGGCCCUAAUUUCCUCCCUUCCCAGCAUCACAACAUCAUUCAUCUGCUCGUGUGUGUGUGUGUGUGUGUGUGUGUGUGUGUGUGUGUGUGUGUGUGUGUGUGUGUGAGAAAAGCAAGGGGGGGGGGUGUAUGUAGAUAGGCAGUGAGAUAAAGACAGGAGGUGGGGGGGUAAGAUGAUGGCAGCAGUGUGUGAUGAGGUGGGAAAUGGGGGGCGGAGGGGAGGCAGGAGGGGAGCCGGUUGCCCAUGGAUACGACCCCGAUAUAAUUUGAUUUGUGGCAGCAGGAAGCAAUGAGUGAGCGAGCGCGAAAGCAGGAGGGGGGGGGGAUGUGAAAAAAGCGAUAGAGAAGAGAGGAAGAGAAAAUGAGGGCGAGAAAAUCUGAAAUGAAGGAGUGAGAGAGGAAAAAGGGAGGAUGUGAGUGAGAGGCUUAAAAAGAUAGGAGAGGUGAUGGAUGGAUGGAGGAAGAUGGAGAGAUUGGAGGUCUCACACGGCUGCUCCUCCAGCUUUCAUCCUCGAUGUCUCUAUCUUAUCUCCGCCUCUCUAUCUUUUCCUCUCUUUUCUCUUCCCUUAUUCGAUUCUUUUCAAUUACACUCCGUCUAAACCUGCGCCGCCGGCGAAAGCUGCCUGCAGCCCGAGAUUCACAGUCGGUGUCAGAGCAGGUUAACCACGAGAGCAAAUGCACUCAUCAUUUCAUAGUUUAUAAGGCAGUGAUUUGUGAGCGGGAUCAGCCGAUUAGAAUAAUGACCAUGAGCUGUAAAACAUUAAAGAAACGCCGAUCUCUGAACUCGAUUUAACUUCCAGACCGUCGUAUUUGCUCUGAAAUCCUCUGAACUGUUUUUCUCCCGGUGUUGGAGGUUCGGACUAAAAUAUACAAAAGAUUAAACCUGCUCUGUUAAAGUCUUGUUACCGUAACCGAUAACAUCACACCCUCUUUUGAGCCUCUGACGUUUAGAUUAAGAAAUCAACGAAAGUAAAAGUUGCAGAAACUUUAUUUUCUCCUUUAAAAGUUACCGGUCUACCUCGACUUUAAAGCACCUGUAAGUGACUUUCUGUUUGUGUCCACUUUGGCGCCCCCUGUGGUCAAAUCAUCCUUUUUAACGCUUAAGUUGCAUCUUUUACCAAAAGCUCUCUCAUCUUGCUGACUGUUGACAAACGAAUGUUUCACUUACUCGGAAUAUUUCACACCCAAAUUGUUAAAAAAUUCAAAUUUCUUCAGUUGAUUCUGACACCUACCCCCUCACACCGGUUUAAAGUGUUAAAAAAUAAUGAUACAGGAAUUUUCUGUCAUGUCGCUAAUGGUCUCAAUAUCAUAAUUUUGUGUAUUUCAUGAGUGUAAAAAAAUUCUCACAGGAGCUUUAAUUCAAAAGAAUUAAGAAGUUUUAUUUCUUGAAACCACUGUUCAGAUUAAACAUUUGAAUAUUAAAGGAUAUAACAACAGAAAAAAACAUUCUUGAUUUAGAAAAAACAUCAUAAUUAAAGCAGACUCCCACAGUUUAAAGGUUUAAGGGCCUGUUUCCACUAACAGCGUUUUUAUGCAACCACAUCCUGAAUUUCUUUGUGCUUCUUCCUAAAUACGAAGUGUUUCCAGCUCAUGAAAGUUGUUUUCGGCAAAAAGAAAUUAAAAUUUGACUAACCGACUUUUGGAAAGGAAAUAAUAACAUUGAAAACUGUUUACUGGCUGGUCACAUGAUCACAGAGUCUCCAGGUAACUGUCGUCAAAGUGGUUAGCAGAGUUCUGACACGCUAUUAAAUAUUCGGUUAAAUAGGAUGACUUUAAAAAAGUAAAAAUAACUAAAAAUAAACACGUGGUAACAUAAGCAGCAGUGUAUGACCAAGAACUUAUAGAGAAAAGAUGAAAGUUUGCCGCUGUUUCUAACCAGAAGUCCCGCCCCUUUUCGAGUUUGAUUGGUCGGUGACAGAGAAUUGACAUUAAGGAGCGAUGGCGGUGUUCAUCUGUGUGUUCAUCUGUGAGAACAGAAACAAAAACAGCUGAAGUUAGGGGCUGUUUUUGGUUUUAGAGGCUGAGGGCUGAUCACACCGAACUGUGAUGGAAACAGGCCCUUUAACUAAGGCUGUCAGUGGACACAGGCCCUAAAUUAGUGUUUCUAAUCAAAUCCAUAACUAGUCUUUGGUUAUAUCUUAAAUGUAGGUCAUUCGGGUCAUAAUUUGAGGCCGUUAGAACAAAAAUAACUUUUAUUUUAAAUACUUAAAAUUGUUCUUUUGUUCCUAAAAUGACCGUCACAGCUCCCGUCUGUCGAGGCAGAAACGGUCGGCUGGAGGAAAUUGAAUCAGUGAAAAUGAUCCGAACAGCAGACCUGUUUUUGAUAAUCGAGUGUUUGGACUGAAGCAGUAAACUGGAUCACAUGUCAGCGUCAUAAUGAAUCUGUGGAGCGUGCUGAACUCGGGGUCACUCCUCAGUCAUGUCACUGUGGAUGUUGUAGCCGUUAAUGACGGAUGGAAAAUGUGUGGAUGUCGGCCGUGGGUGUGCUUGAAGAGAUGCUUGAAAACCUUUCCACCUUUUUUUUUUACACCUUCAAUUAACUCCAGCGAACCAUCUGUGCUCGAGCUCAUUAUUGACUCCUUCUCCUCCAUGUCAAACAGCAGAUUUUUCCACACUACCUGCAGCUCCUCUCUCCCUCUCUCUCUCCCUCUCUGUCUUUUGUCCUAAUCUUAUCUGGAUGUGUGUGUGUGUGACUGUGUGUGUGUGUUUGUGUUUGUGCAGGCCCGUGUGUUUAAUCCAAACAAAGCCAAAUCUCGGCGGAUUGUAAAUGCCAGUUGGUUAUAGCGGGGAAGCGCUUCUGAAGCCAACCAACAGACAACAAGGGACCCUGUGCUUCAGCAACACUCUCAGCUCUGUUCUGCUUGUUCACGACUGAGGGGGCUCGCACAAGAGUGUGUGUGUGUGUGUGUAUGUGUGUGUGUGUGUGUGUGAAUGUGGAAAGAGUAAAAUAAUGUGUGACAGAAGGAGAGUGUGGAGAAGAGAGUGUGCAACAUAGAAGAGAGCAUGGAAAAGAGCAUAACAGAGUGUGAAAACGACAAGCAGGCGAGUGUGUGUGUGUGUGUGUGUGUGUGUGUGCACUUGAAAGAGAGCAUGUUCAGACGCUCUGUCUGGAAGACUGUCUCCUCAAACACACACGCAGUACCUUCAUGCUUUAGUCGUGUUGGAGUCUCUAAUAUCUGCAAACUGUCGUCGGUCUGAAUCAGAAAAACGACGGUUUGAAGGUUUCUGCUCCUCCUUCGAUCUGGACGACCUUCAGAGGAUGAUCAUCGACCAGCAGUUAGAACUAAACAUGCACCGAUUAAUAGGGUUGGAUAUCGUUUGAUUUGAAGGAUUCUGGUUUUGAUUCUGAUUCGUAUCGAUUCUCUAUUCCGACUCUUUUAAAAGGCAGGAUAUAAAAAAUAAUCAUGUUUUAAAUGAGGGUGUUAACCAGAGUUCUUCUUUUUAGCUGAAAUUUCUGAACUUCUCCAUGAAUUUUUUUAUUAUAUUCACUUUUUAAGAACUUUACUCUGAAUUUCUCACAUUUUCAACCAGUUUAUAAAUAUAUAAGUUUAUAAAUCUCAGUUUUUGUUGUCUGUGAAAAAGUCCGAGGGCUAACGUUAGUUGGAUAUUUAAGUUGACCCUCCGUACUCAGUAUAAUUUGUUUACCGCUUCAAAGUUAGAAGAGGACAGAAGUCAUUUAUAGUUUCACUUUUCUGACUCUGGCUGGUUAGAGGAAGACCGGUGUUAUGAAGUAGAAAGCAUCUUAUCCACUCAUGAGCUUCUUAAAGUAUUAGAUCAUGACAACAUGUCAGAUGGAGCAGCAAACUUUCCUUUUGUUUUUAUGCGUCUCUAAAAUGAACAUCUAGAGGUGAACUUGGGUUUAUAAACUCUACAGUAAACUGUUAAAGUAGAGAACUUUAAAUAUUUUCAGGACAGUAAAUAUUCAGAAUCAGAUUCUCAACUUUUCAUUUAUAUUUGAGCGAACGACCUCAUGUGCAGCUAAAACAAAAAGGUUUGUAUUUAAUGUUUUUCGUUAAAAUAAGAUCGGAGCAUCGAAGGUUCAUGUUGUCAGGUAUAAAAAAAAAGGGUAUCAGCAGGUCAGACUUUUUAAAGACCGUUGAUCGGUCGAUCGUUGAUCGGUCGAUCGUUGAUCGGUCCCCGAGUUAGAAGAAACAGUCUGUCCUUUUUUUUUGGACUUUUUCACCUUCUAUCUCUGCGACGACAAUAAAGAUAUUUGAUUCUGUUUGUCAUGACCGGAGAACAGGUUUCUGAACGGUGAUUUUCUCCUCCAGGUGACCUUCACCAAGCGGAAGUUCGGCCUGAUGAAGAAGGCGUACGAGCUGAGCGUCCUGUGCGACUGCGAGAUCGCCCUCAUCAUCUUCAACCACUCCAACAAGCUGUUCCAGUACGCCAGCACCGACAUGGACAAGGUCCUGCUCAAGUACACCGAGUACAACGAGCCGCACGAGAGCCGGACCAACGCCGACAUCAUCGAGGUAAAGCGUGGGAGGGAACCGGGGGAAAGUCCUGAACCCGUUUGUGUCCGUUUGUCUUUAUGUCCUGAAUCCUUAUUUAGCGUCACUCGUCGGGUCUUUGUUUGUUUGUCGGUGUCGUUCCUCCUCUCUCUGCUGUAAACAGACUUUAUUUUCCCCGCUGGGAUCAUUAAGAUUCAACCUGAACUCGUUUGAUCGGGUCCCUGCAGACUCAUCCAGACUUCAUUAAGUCUGUUAGUCCGGUCUGAACCAAGGUUUCUUCUCUGUGUGUUUUCUGGAUGACUCUCAGUCCAACGAUCAUCAGAUCCUCAUGACAGAAGAUUUAGUUUUAUGAACUUGUAUGUUAAUGUUUGACCGCCGCCGUCUGUCCUUCUGUCUGUCCGUCUGUCUGUCUGUCUGUCUGUCUGUCCGUCUGUCUGUCUGUCUGUUGUGUUGCUUCGGUUUGUUCUUGUCUGAGCGACCUGGAGAGGAAACUUCAUAAAUCAUUGGAGCAGAAGUUUGAUCAGAAUCAGGGAAUUAAAGAAAGUCGCUGACCCGGUUUGAAGCUUGUCCUCUUUGGUGAAAUCUUUAAACUUGAAAUCAUGAUUUUUUUAAAGAUGUCUGUGAAGUUUUGGUGCUUCGAUAACCAGGAUAAGCAGAAAAAAACUCUCACCUCUCAGUCUCACAGGAGUUUUUCUGAACAGAGACGGUCCUCUGAGAAAAUUCGAGACGUUUUUUUGUUCUCCGAGAAAAAAAAACUAAUUUUUUUUUCACUUUUCAGAGUAAAUCUCACGUCUCAGAUCUCAGGGUCAGGCGUGCGACUUCCUGCUUUUUUCUGGUCUUUAUAUUCUGAUGUGAUGUUUGUUUUGAUUUGGUGAAAAAUGCCGAUAAGUGCUAAAGAUGGCCGACACACAUACAGAGAGCCUGAUGGUGUUUCUCAGAGGCGUUCAUGGAGACCAAACAGGACCACCAAAUCCAGACCCAAGCUGCUGAUGUGGGUCUCUGUAAUCCCCCCAAACUGAGUCACGACCCAAAGAUGGACAAGGAGACCAGACUGGACCCGUACAGGUCAGAGAGUCAGAGGUCAGGACAGCUGGGCCUCCCCCCCUCUCACCUCGCUGUUACCCAGAAACCUCAGCAACAACAACAACAACAGGCGAAAGCACGGCGCCUGAAUUCACCCGGUUACAGAGAAACGAAGAGGCUGAAAUCUCACGUGAACUCAUUUACAUAUAGAAGAGAGGUCAGCGGUGAGGCGAGCGCUGAAGGUGCGAGGGCGACCAUCCACGUCCCUUUUCAUGUUUGGGUAAUAGGAGAACAUUUCUCUGCCAACGUCUUUGGUCCUUGUGGGAAAAAGCUUCGCCGCAGCUCGUCAGGAGAGCGAGCGAGCGAGCGAGACAACGCGGCGCACAUUCACAUCAUGCCUUGCUGACCCUUUUAUACAUAAUGGCGCUCUCAUGAAUUGAACAGGAGAUGGUGAGGGAUGAUUCAGCGAGCCGAGCCGCACUCAGGCUUCAUAUAGAGCUCGGACCUAAAGCUGGAGCUCCUCUACCUCUGAGUUCGACUCUCAGGAGGUCAUGGUCGGUCAGCCGUCACGGUAAAAGCACGUCGUCAGCCAAUCAGGAAAUCAGGAAACCUGAGUGGUUAAAGACAGAAGAAUUAAAUCUCAGUUUCUUCUUCUUCUUUUUAAAGAAAGUAAACCCACCUGUGUCUCCUGAGGGCUGAACUCCAACACCACAUGAUGAGUUUUAUUCUCCGCUCUCAGGCUGUUUCAUCAAACCUCUUAUUGGAAGAAGCCCGACGGCUUCACAGAUUGUUUGAUUCAUCUCAGAAGCUCCGGAGAGGCUCCUCCGACCUCAAACUUCAGCUCUAAGGCAUCGUUCGUCUCUGUGCGUCUGUAUCCAUCCUCAAACAUCUGAAUCAAUCGCUGCUCCGUGAGCUGGAGGGUCUUUAAACACACAAGACUCUCCAGGAAGUCAGAGACCUUUUCAGGAACCAGAGAACUUUAUUUGUCAGGAGCUGAGGUCUCCAGGGCUCGUCCGCUUUUCUAUAUUUUCUUCUUUGACAUUUCUUUAACCAGCGCUGAGUUUAAGACGUCAGGAUAUCAUGAAGAGACAGAGAAUCAUGAUUUUAUUCUCUGCAGAGAAAGUUCCUGCCGCCUCCUUCUAUAGUUCUCAUUAUAAGUCAUUUCCUGGUGACGUAAACUUGAAGAUGUCGAGGAUGUGUUUUCUGACGGUUCCUCUCAAAACUCCACGUCCGAAUACUAAAGUGUGAAGAGGACGUUUAGUUCCCGGGUCUGUUGGGUCUAAAAGGGGCUGAAGGGUUGGUGUUGUGAGAGUUAAUCCAAUAAUGGAGAGUCCAAUAAGGGCUGAAAUCUGCGGGAAAGUGUCGGUGAAGCACUUUUGGACGGGAGUGGGCGGAAACUUCGACGACGACGGAGGAGGAAGGAGAGUUUCUGCUGCUGCUGCCAUCUUUUUCACCUCCGCUUCUCUGUCUGUCACUUUUCCUCUCCUCCUUUCUUUCGCCUCCUCUUCCUCUCUCCUUCCUCCUAAUCUCCUGAUUUACUCGGUCACGACCAUUUCUCCCUCCUUUUCUCAUCCCUCCCUCUCUCUCUCUCUCUCUCCCUCUCUCUCUCUCUCUCUCUCUGUCUCUCUGUGUCAGCAGUAAAGCCUUUCUGUAGGCUGUAUCUCCAGCUGCAGAUGGCUCUUAAGUGUAUGCAAGUGUGUGUGUGUGUGUGUGUGUGUGUGUGUGUGUGUGUUCUUGUGUUCUUGUGUGUGUGUGUGACAGGGCGUUGGGCUGCUUCGGGCCACAUCAGCUCAAGCUCCACUGGCCCUGUUUGUGUGUGUGUGUGUACAUGUGUUUGUGUUGUCAAGUGUGUCUCUCUCUCUCUUUGUGUGUGUGUGUGUGUGUGUGUGUGUGUGGUGUGUGUGUGUGCACAUCCCUCUGUGUUUGCACGCUCUGCAGUGGCCCAUGAGAUCGCCUCAUACAAUAUUCAGUCCUGGUGAGCCUCUCGGUUGUGUGUCUGUCCGUGUGUGUGUGUGUGUGUGUCUGUGUGUGUGUCCUACAUGGGAGCUUCCCUCCUAUACCAGCUUGUAAACUUCACUCCACACAUUCACACACAAAAACUCGUCCCUCUCAGUAAGUUUGUCCCGCCUUUGUCCUCAGCCGUCCUCUCUGCCAGAUGUGCGGCGGCGGCGGUGGCGGCGGCGCUCACCUCCUUCUAAGCGGGUGUUAGCGUCAUCUGCAGGGACCAUUUCUCCGUUAAUCCGUUUGCAUUUGCGGCGACAUUUGGAAACAUUAAGUCAAAGAUAAGUCCUGGCGUGACCUCGGACCUACAUUUGAGGAAAAAUACAAACGCCACACGCAGUAAUGUUCUGAACGGCUGCAGGAGUGUAAGAGUUCACGUGUGAGGAGCGGGGCGGACAUGUUUCUGACACCAGCUGAAGGCUGAAGGACCAAAAGUUUCUGCGAUCGGCACAGUUUCACAUUUUCUCCACCCUAACUAUCGAGGGUUAACGCGGCAGAUAAAGGAUAUUUAUAAAAAGAUGAUUUUCUGUCUGUAAAAUGGAUAAAAAUAUGAAGAAAUAGAUCAAAAAAAUGUAUGUAAAAUGUAAGUAAAACAUAAGAAUCAUCUCUUUUGUAAAUUUGUAACUCAGAGUUUUUUCUUUUUUAAACAAAACUCAAAUUUUCUCUUAUUUUCACUUGUUCAGACUCUGUAGCUGCAGGUUUCUGUUGAGUCUCUAAAAGUCUGAAAACAUCUAAAAUCCUAUAAAUUGAAAAUAAAGACUUAAAAUAUCUAAAAUUCUCUUACAACCUCAUAAAAUGCCUUAAAAGAUCUUAAAAUGUCUUAAAAGCUCUUAAAAUGCAUUGAUGUUUAUUACAAAUUAAGUUUGAUUUGAAGUUAGUUUAACAUGUUCUGAUUUCCCUUCAUGUCUUUUGUACUUUUUUGCCCGUCUGGAUGUAAAAUCGAUCUUAAAAAGUCUUAAAAGGUCUUAAAUUUGACGUGUUGAAACCUGCAGAAACCCUGAGCAGCGACUCUGACUCUUUGUCUGUAUGGUGUGUGGAAAAAGAUGCUAAAUGAGAUAAAACAUUUUAAAACUGUAAUAUUACUAAUGAGUUUGCAAACACAGUACUACUAAAUCAGUCAAAAUGUAUUUAUUUAAGGCCUUUUUUCAUCAAGUACAAAAUAAAAUUACAAAUACAAUUCAAGGUGCUUGAAAAGAAGAAAUAUAUGAACCAUACAUAAAACAGAGAUGGAUUUUAGAAGUGGAGACUAAUGCACAAUAAAUAUGUUGUUCAAACAACAGAAGGAAUUUAAAAACAUAUAAAACUAUAAAGUUUUUAAUGAUAAUAUAAAAAUAAAGGUGUACACACUGAGAGGAGAAAACUGGGAUUGUUUACGAACACGCCUCGAUUAAAAACCUCCAUAACUUCACUUUGAUUUGUUUCAUUGAUCAGAAAUGUUAAGAAGUUUGUCAGUAGAGCUUCGGAGGGUUUCUUUUAUGAUAAUCCAGAGACAUGUCUGCAAAAAUCUGAGCGUUUUUCAGGUGUCUGCUCUGAAACACGUGUGCAUGUUUACAUUCUGCAGACAUGGAGCUUCGAUACAGACGCUUCCUGAUUUAAGAGUUUAGACGCUCAAUUAUUCUGUGACAGCAGGACGGGUUUCUGGUCAUCUUUGCUUAGAUGUGACUAUUGUGCUCACAAACACGUCACAAUAACGAUGUUCAAACGACACGUCUGCAGAUCUGUCAUGAGUUUUUAGUGUCACUCACAUAAACGGUCAUUUAAGGUCUUUUUAUGGACGAUCUUUAAAAUCAGACUCUUGUUUAAGUUGGAACAGCUUUUAGAGUCCAGAUCAAGUCUGUGUGGAUGAAUGUUUGUUAAUUAUCAAAGUCUUAAGAUCUAAUGAGGGGGUACAGGGUGUGACAUGGCCGGGCGAGAGACCAAGAAAGAGAGAGAGAGAGAGAGAGACAGAGGGAGGAUAAUUGGACGACCACAAAAUGUGCCCGUUCGCCGCUCUGCCUCCGUGAGUCUCUUCAGGCAAGAGCUUUUGAGUAUGAAUUAUGAAGUGUGGAUUUAGUCACGCAGGCUCACACACACACACACACACACACACACACACACACACACACACACACACACACACACACUCAUGUCUUUGGUUCGUGUGUGGUCACCCUGCAUGUACUGUACAUACACGCUGCAGAGUCCCUGUAUGCUUAGAAGCACUUAAGUUCACUGGGAGGUGUGUGUGUGUGUGUGUGUGUGUGUGUGUGUGUGUGUGUGUGUGUGUGAGAGAUUCCUUCACUCUGAGAGGCUGCACAUAUGCACACACUGCCUCUCUUUGAGAUGCACGUGCUGCUUGUGUGUGUGUGUGUGUGUGUGUGUGUGUGUGUGUGUGUGUGUAUGUGUGUGUGUGUGUGUGUGUGUGUGGGCAGCCUGCCUCUCCUGCCAGAAUGUGUUAAUCCGCUUGACUGCAGAUCCCAAUCAGGGCGAGGGAAGGAGGAGAGCGAGGGGACAGAGGGAGCACGAGCGAGUGAAAUGCUAAAAGAGCGGCGGUGGCGGCGGCGAUGAAUAGACGAGGAGAGAAAGGAAGAGGAUGGGCGGGGAGCGGGAAAGCCCUUUUUUUUCUCGAAGCAGCUCUAAGGAGGCAGAUCUCAGCUGAUAGACUCUCUUUGUGGGGGUUAAAGACUCCGGGGUCCGCCUGGAUCCUCCUGGGGAACAGCCAGGGGAGCCUCAUGAAUCCCAGCAGACCUCUCGGCAGGACUCGCCUCUUAAGGCGCUCGUUCUGUUAGCCGCCAUGAUAGCCACAACAACCACAACAACCACUGUACGAGCUCGAACCGUCCCUCUGGUUCACCCAUCAACCACGACCCCCCAGCAGGAAACACUCCUCAGGGGUCCUAAUCCAAACUCUGAAGACCUCCAACACCUGUCACUUCCUGAGGUCUUAGUCUGGACCAGAGGAGGUCACUGAGAGGCCUCGUCUCAGACAAACCUGAUUGGUUAGCCGAGGUCAGCUGAUCACUCUCACUAUAAUUAUUUUAGCAGCACAGAAACUGACGAACGAGAUAAACUCUGAUAACCUUGUCAUAGGGCUGGAUGAUAUGGCCUCAAAUCAAUAUCCCAAUAUAUUGAUCAGUUCACCUCGAUAUCAAUAAAUGGACGAUAACUUCUCCACAAGCUGCUCACCCCCUCCCACACUAACUUCGUCUUCUUCAGCCGCUCCAACUUUUGAACCGUCCUCCAUAACCUACCUACACGUCCAAGAACAACUUUGAUUUAUUGAUUUUUUUGACAUCGAAUUUACCGAUACGGGCAAAAUGACGUCAGUAUCGGUAAAUUCUCGGUUUAUCGCUCAGCCCUACCUCGUGAAACGACAUGGACGGCUUUUUGAAAUGUACAAUUUUAGAUCUAAUUUAAAGGUAAAUUAAAUAGUUUCUGACAUCAUCAUUGGAGGUUUUUAUUUUCUUCAUUAUCAGUCAAACAAACAAACUUUUUCUGUGGAGGAAAAAAAUUAAAGGUACAGUGGGUGAUAUUUCGAUGCAAUUAGCAGAACAAUCUUGGUGGAAUUAAAAAUAUAAAAACUGUUUUAUAAUUUAAAUAAGAGUUUAAUUAGUUUAUUUGUUUAUUGUUAAAGACCUUUUCUUGUUUUGAUUUACCGUAAAAUCACCUAAAAUCCUUUUGGCUCAUCGGAGCGCUGCAGCUACCGUAGCCUCGCAGUUAUUGGGUAUUAUUAUGAGGUAAAUAAAGUUUGACUUAUCUGACUGUUUAGUUUGCCUUAAUGUGCUUUAUAAUCCGGUGCGCCUUAUAUAUGAAAAUAGAUGUGAACAGACGCUUUCAUUGAUGGUGCGCCUUAUAAUCCGGUGCGCCUGAUAGUGUGAAAAGUACGUUAAUAUUUGAUCUGAAUUUUCGGGACAUAAACAGGACCUUAAAUCCUGCAGCUCGUCUCUCAGCUGUCGUCAAUAUUUAACCACACAGACUGGUUACGCUCCUGUUUCUCCUCUUAAAUCUCUUUAUUUCUGCUCUUAGUUGCGUCAAACCGACUCUCAGUAAAAAGUUCAAAGCUGAAGCGUCCUUUGUUUUCCCCUCCAAACAUUUCCAAAUCAAACAUGGAGACGGGGUUAAUUGGAAGAGUGAUUUCUCUUUAUUACAGCAGCGUUUCAAGGUCGAGGUUCUCACAAAGAUGUCUUCACGACGACAAAGACGCCGAAGCCACACACCCCGGCCGGAUGCUGAACAUGAUUAAUGCUCGCAGAAAGAAAGAGAGAGGGCCCAGACUCCAUUAAAAGGAUAUUAAGUCCUGGAAGUCUUUGAUUGAUGAAUUAGAGACUCAUUUCCAGAGUCCGAGAGGAUCAGUGAUUGAUACCUCCACCCAAAAACAAACCAAAACAGGCGUUUACAGGAAAAACUCCCCAUGAAUGAAUCCGGUAUCUCCAGGAAAUGACCCCCCCACGCCCUCUUUGUUCAGUCCAAAUUAACUUUAACCAAUCAGAGCUCAGAUCUGCUGACAGGAGGGACGUCCCACAUGGUCGGCGAGUCAAGCCAAGAGCAGCGGGUUCCGUUAACUCUCCAGAUCAUUUUAAGGAGUUAUUCUGUCAGUAAAGUUGAAAUGUUGAGAUUACAAAAAUGUCGUGAAUAAUGUCGCCAUCGAAAAAAAUUUAAAAUUUUGGUAUUAAAGUUGACAUGACCAAAGUCGAACUUUCGGGAUUAAAGUCGACGUGAAUAAAGUCAAAAUUUCGACUUUUUUACAUUUCGACUUGAAUCUUGAAAUGAAAAUUAAAAAAUCUCCCUCCUGUAAUUAUUUUUUCUCUUAUUGUGGCCCAAAUCCAUCCGUCGUAGAAAUGAGACGAAGAUCCGAGAAAGUUUCAGGAAAACUUUCAUUAAACUUCCUCAAAACUUCAAACUCAAAACCAGAACAGAGAUUUUAAGAGUGAGCAGAACCUGACGAACGUCUCCUCAGAUACAAAUCUUUCAAUAUUUCAUGGUCAUCUUAAUCUGCUUUUUUUAUGGUUGUUAUCAGGACACAUGGAGCGAUCACAAACGAAGAUUUCAGCUUCAUUUUUUUGCUCUUUUUACAGAUUUUUAGCAUCAGAUUUUUCCUGCAAAAUUUUGCCAAACCGAGGAAACGUGUUUGUAUUCGUGAAUCUCUAUAGCGUGGAAAACAAGACAUGCAAACAUGCAUGAUGACAUGCACAUAAAGGAGGGAAAAGAGUGUUUUGUUUUUUUUUUAAUACAGAGAACCAGGAUGAGAAAAUAAAGUGCACAAAGUUCCCGUCAGUUCAGAUGUUUGAUUCUCUCGGCUGCAGAUGCUCUUAGUUCAGAAUAAACAAAAAAUGAAGGUUUGAAAAGCAGCUUAAAAAAAAGAGCCGAGCAAGAAGUGAAGAGGAAGAAAGGAGAGGGAGAGCAAAUACGAUGGAAAAGCUCUUGAUUCGGGUCGAGAGACAGAGAGAGAGAGAGAGGGCAAAAGAGGACAGAGAGAGAGAGAGAGAGAGAGAGCAGUGGGACCAAGAGUGAGAAAGAUGAGAGAGAGAGAGGAGGAGGAGGAUGAGAGGAAACAGGCGUCCAGGGAGACUCACAUAUGGAGACAUUACAAGGAAAAGGGCGAAAAACACAGAAGGACGAGUGCGAGACUUUGCACUUUUCUGUGAGAGAGAGAGAGAGAGAGAGAGAGAGAGCGCCGUUAAAGGUGGUGGGCCGAGAGAUGAGAAGGCGAGAGAGAGAGAGAGAGAGAGCUGGAAACAGAGGUCGGGCGGACAGGCGGGUGGGCGAGAGAGAGAGCCAGAGGGGGGAGGAGAGGAGGGAAGUAAGGGGGCGGGGCUUGAGAGCAGUGGCAGCCAGUCAGAGGCCGGUGUGGUGCUCUGCAGGGUGAAUCUUACCCUGGCAACACAAUGGAGAGAGAGAGAGAGGGCGAGAGAGAGAGAGAGAGAGAGAGAGAGAGAAAGAAAGAGGGGGGUGGACAGGUGAACAGAUGGCUGAGUGACUGAGACACAAGCUGAUCAGUGGACAACUGUGUGUGUGUGUGUGUGUGUGUGUGUGUGUGUGUGUGUGUGUGUGUGUGUGUGUGUGUGCUGUAAUGUAACACAAGCGUUGAGAGUAUAAAGGAAACAAAAAGAGAGAGAGAGAGAGGUGGAGAGGCGGCCGUGUUUUUACUGUGAAGAGCGAGAGUGUUUCUCUGUUUCUGUGUUUUUGUGUUUCUCUGUUUUUACGUUCAGUCGUUUCUCCUCUUCGCUCCUCUCACCGAUGUUCAGUUUCAGGUUUAAAGGAGGAGGAGAACACAGGAGAUCUGGUCUGGACUGAGUGUUAGGGUCCUCCGAGUCCAUCAUCACACCAAGUUCAGCUGAUAAAAAUGUUUAAAGGACCGUGAUCUGAGUGUUUGAGAGCGUGAAAGUGACGUGAACGUACUCUUGGUUUAGGUUUUUACCAGCUAGGCCUGAUUUCACUGACGUCCUCUGUUUCCCAGAGGUCUUUGCUGCUGCUCCUCCUGCCUUGGCUUUCCAUUAGGGCUGGGCGAUAUGGCCUCAAAUCAAUAUCUCGAUAUAUUGAUCAGUUCACCUCAACAACGAUAAAUAGACGAUAACUACUCCACAAGCUGCUCACCCCCUCCCACAUUAACUUCAGCCGCUCCAACUUUCUCUCCAUCCUCCAUCUCCUCACCUGUCUUUCCCUCUUUGUUACAGACUGGAUGGGGCGGAGUCACGUCUCUGAUAUGGGCAAAAUGACGUCAGUUAUUGUUGUGAAUUUCAGUAUCGGUAAAUUUUCGGUUGAUCGCUCAGCCCUACCUUGUGAGACGACAGAGACGCCUUUUUCAGAAUGUAAGAUUUUAGAUCUAAUUUUAAAGUUUCUAACAGCAUCAUUAGAGGUUUUUAUUUUCUUCAUUAUCAGUCAAACUCAGUUUUUUAUUUGGAGAAAGAAAUGCAGUGAUUAAAGGUACAGUGGGUGAUAUUUUCGCAGCGCAGACACGAAAUAAAAAUAUAAAAACUGUCACAUUUUCAUUUAAAUUAGUGUUUAAUGACCUGAUUUUGUUUUUAUUGAUUGUUAAAUUUUUACUUCAGACCUUUUCUUAUAAAAAUGAAACAGAGUUCAGGUUCAUUUCAUGAUCUGAGCUGAACAAACGCUCUCAGACUUCAGAUCUUCCUUUAGUUUGUGUUUCAAACUUUCCGUUUGACUUUGUUCGUCGUUGGAUUUGCGUCAGCGCUGGUCAGCAUGACGCCCGGCGGACAGGAAGUCCAGGCAGUGACAGUCUUGUGAAGCGUGCAGGUUCAGAUGCACAGGUUUAUAUUUGUGUAAACGCCGCAGCACGGCGCCGGUGUCAUCAGCGUUUUGUCUGCGGCCUCUUUGUCUCUUUGUGUCCCGACAGCUGGGUGCAGGAGGUCCACGCCGCGAUCACAUCCUCCGUCAGCCCUCCGUCACAUGCAGCUUUGUCGGCUCGAACCUGUUUUAUAAAGUCUAUUUGUCGUAUUUUUGCUCCUUCUAUUUUACUUUGUAGGUCAGAACACAAACAUAUUCACACAGCAGCUGCCACAAAAGAGACAACAAAGAGAGCGGCGACAGCAGCGGCGGUGGCGGCGGCGGCGGCUCCUCCACGUUAAAUUUGCAUUAAGCUGCAGAUCAGAGCGCUGACUUGUUCUGCUGAGAGCGAACAGCUGAAUCAGGCGACUGUCUCCGUGUUGGAACAAAUCUGUCUAAUAACCCGCUUCGGCUGCUGCUGCUGGAUAAAACGGCGCUCUGACACGGCGGUAAUAAUAACGGCUUUGAGUUUUAAUGAGAUUCAUAUCAAAGAGCAGGAUUGUUAUUAAAAAGCGGCGGCAGUGUCUUUACGCUGACAUCCAGCGGGCAUCAUUACCCUCCUGCCCUCACCUGUUCGGAGGAUGUGAGACUAAUUCAUCUGAAAUUAAAAGAACCUCUGUCUCUGCCUCCUCGGGGUUUUGGCGGGCGCUCUUGCAGGUACGAGUCUCCGCCGGCUCCGCUUCCGAGGCUGCUGGAUUGCUCGCAGUUGAAUCAUCCUCACUUAGCGUUUGAUUGAGCUCAGUGGGAGUCGCGGAACAUGUGCUUAUGUUUUAAUCAGACCACCACUCGACUGCAGUCACACUUGACACGGCAGAAUUAAUUAAGAAAAUAUAGGCUGAGAGAAAAACUGAAAACGAUCCUGAAGUACUUUUGUGUCUUACAGACGAUCGACCGAAUGACACGCCGGGGAAAUCCAGGGUCAGAUUUGUCCGCCUCGUUCUUCGUUUUGACUUCUGAAAACUUCACGUUUUUGUCCGACAAGUUAAUAAGAUUUGAUGACGCUGUGGGCGUGUUUCAGCUCAGCUCGCUGUUUUGGUUUCAGGACAAACAAACUAGAAAGUCCGACUGAUUUCAGCAACACGAUCAAUUUCUACGAAUCAGAAAAGGUUGAUUUGUUGAGUUUGUGAGUCUUAAUAUUGUGUUUUUACCUGCUUCAUUUGCACACAUUUUUACAGCUAAAUAUCACGUCUCUGUCGCCUUUAUUUGCGUUUGUUUAUACACUUAAAUAUCGUGUAUUUACUUCUUCAAAUUGCACAGAUAACUUCCUUUAUUUGGACGAUGUAUCAGACAUCAGACAUGUAAUUUUGUGCAAACAAGGAGGGGUUUCCUUCACGCCGUCUCGGUCUGUUUUACAUCAUGGCGGCGACCACAUCGUGAGGAUCUGUGUCUCUACCUGAUCCCUCCUCGAACCUUCUGCUAGCUAGCCUGUCACAUCGCCAGCUUCUUUCUGAGAUCGAUCGGUAGUUUAAAUAAAGUUUUUAAGGUGACGUUAAUCUUCACUUUCACAGUACGGAUCGGGUAGGUAGCGAUAGUAACGACUAACUGCAGUGAAAUGAUUUUAAAUAAGAGGAGAGGAAGUGAUGUACGUUUUGCACGUGUGCAGUACACAUCAGGAUUCUGGGACGGAUCGUGUAGCGAGAUUCUGUCGUGGUUUCAAACCUCACUGGAUAAUCCGACCUCCUCUCACUUCCUUUUAUUCCAGUUUGGUUCGAAAAAGAAGUCGUGUGUUAAAACUCAGGGUAACUGAACACCGUCAUCCAUCAUUUUGGCUUCAUCUUUGGACGCCGCUGUGUCAGCCUUCUGUCAGCCAUCCUCUCUACAGAAACUGAAGUCUAACUCCGUCUCUGCUUGUUUUCUGUCUCACCUAAAGUCAAGUUCAGUUUUUUUUGUGUAUCAAAAUCAUGAGCGGAGUUUCUGUGAGGGUUUUCGUGACUCAGGCCAGAUGGUGUGAGCUGGAGUUUGUUCUGCUGCUGCGUGAUAAAUCUAUUUCUUUUACUGAGAGAUUUCACGGCUGGACAUUUUCUUCCCCCUUUUCUUCUUCUUCUUCUUCUUCUUCUUCUCGGUCUUUUCUUCUUCCACCUCCAGCUAAAUCUCGUCUUGGCUGCACAGAAGUCGGUCCAGCUCCAGCCUCAGAUCCAUUUUGCUGUGAGGAUCUUUCUGCCUGGCUUUGUGGUCAAGGACCCACCGGGCAAAGCUACUUAACGGCAAAUCUCGUUUAGCAGAAUCCUCUCAAAAUAAGAGCCUCUCUCUCUCUCUCUCUCUCUCUCUCUCUCUCUCUUUCUCGCCCUUUCCAAAGCCUGCUAACACUAACACAACCUGACUGCCGUUAACCUCCGCGCCAACACCACUGCGUGCUUCCCAACGCGCCCUUUACCCCCUUUUUUCCUCGCCCAACCACCUUCCUCAGUUCUCCGCCUUCACACCAAUUAGUAACACUGUUGAUUUUCGCCGAGUGGUGCGAUGCCUCGGCGUGCCAUCUGACAUGCAGCACAUUUUCCCACCCCGUGAAAGUGCCACAGGCGGCGGCUGCUGCUGCUGCGGUGGCGGCGGCACAUCCUGUACGCUCGGCGAAGAUCGGGGCAUGCUUGUUUUUGCUAAAGCCGUCGUUUGAGUUUGGAGUCGGUGGUUUCUUCACCCUUUUAACCCCUGACUCUCCAGGAGCACCUGCUGGGGGUGCGAGAGCAGAAUCGGCGGUAAUAACGUGCUUUCACGUGGGCGGCGGAUGUUACGAACGUUGACCCUUCAAAUCGAUGAAGCAUUACCAGAGGUUGAGAUUUUCACUGCGAGGCUUUUCUUCGUGGUUCUCCAGCACGGCUGUAGAAUAAGAAAAAAAAAACCUGUUUGUCUCUAAAGGGGUCAAACGGAUCCAUCUGACUUUCACUGCUUCAGUUUUAUACAAUGAGGAGUGUGGGAGUCAGCAGAUGUGCCGCAGUCAGGAUGAACAUUUGUGUUUGUGUGAAAAACGUCUCCUUAAAGCGGGUUUGGAGACUCCUGUGAACAGAACCGGGGAUGAAAAUACGGGACACUGUCUCUUUAAAUAAACACAGAAACUCAGAUGAGAACGAAUCAAACUCAAAAACUGUGAAUGUGCAAACAGUCGACUUGACUUUAGCAAGAGUAGGAGCGGCGAAUGCUAACGGUAAUCUAGAGGACACAUGGUUAUUCAGUUUAAUCCUCUCAGGAUGACCGUGGUGUUAGUUCAGGCAGGCUGCAAAGACAGCUCAGCUUCUUUAAACUGUUUUAGCGCGAUGGGCGCUCACACCAAGUGCAAGUAAAAUCAUCUACUCGCGUAAUUCGCGCUAAUUUAGAUUCAACCGUCAGGGUCAAGUGAUAGACAAAGUUUUUUUACACUUUACCAGGUAAUCUGACCUCCUCACUCUCUUUCUUCCAGACGAGCUCCUUUUAUUCAGGUUUCAGUGAUUGGAGGAAAACGGUAUCAUAUAAUUCUGAGCACCAACAUGAUCAGUUUGUCCUUCAUUUCAGAUACCAGUGAACAACCGUCUGUUUUCAUUCGUCACCCGGCAACCUUCGUGCUGAUUGGUUAUCGCGACGCGAAUAUCCGCUCAAGUUGAGACAUUUUCAGUUCAAGCCUAAUUCGCGCCGCCAGAAUAGUAGGAGCGUCUAAUCGCGUCUUUGCAUUGACUUAACAUGUAAUUCAUUCGCGCGAAUGAUGUUAGUCGCUCUUGGUGUGUGGAGACAGUGACUGCUCCUCACUCUGGUUCUGAUCAGGAUCAUCUACGUUGUCUCUGAGUGGGUCUCCUUGGUUUUUCAAACUCAUUUUUAUAAAGCUCUACAUUUUUCAUUUCAUCAUAACCGACUUUUCCCCACAUCAGUUUUUAUAGUUUCUUCAAAUGAGCUAAAUCAUGUCCUGGAGUUUGAAUCUGUCGGUCUCGUGUUAAUCAGGUUUAUUUAUUCAGUAACUGAUGGUUUUUUUGGAAAGGUCUAUGAAAGGUCAUAUGAUGCCCCCUUUAGGACGGGGACUGUGCUGGUAGACUGUUAAAUCAUGAAUCCCUGAUGGUCUGUGUGUUUUUGUCUCUUUGUCCAAAUGUUGAUGUGAAAACCUCCAGACGAAGCUCUCCAUCCAAUCAGAGGUCAUCCAUGAAAGUGCCUGAAAUCAUGACGUGUAAACAUGCCUCCUUCUCCUCCUCCUCUACCCCUCUCUGACCGUUUUUAGACGUUGCGAAAGAAAGGCUUUAACGGCUGCAACAGCCCCGAGCCCGACGGCGACGACUCCAUCGACCAAAGCCCGCUAAACGAAGACAAGUACCGCAAGACGGAGGACCUGGACAGCCUCUUCAAACGCUACGGCGUGAGUACCGUCACACUUAUGUCACCUUAUCUAACCUAGCCUUUCUCUUCUUCUUCUUCUUCUGCUUUUCUCUCUCUACCUCUCCUCUGCCCUCCUCCUCCUCCUCCUCCUCCUCUUCUUCUUCCUCUUCUUCUUUUGUUUGGGGGAACGAAGGCUCUGAACAAGAAAGAGCACCGGGACUCUGAGAGCCCAGACCCCGAGGAGCCCUUCUCCCUCACCCCCCGCACUGAGGAGAAAUACAAAAAAAUUGACGAGGAGUUUGAUAAAAUGAUGCAGAACUAUAGGCUGUCAGUGAGUACCGCCCCCCACCCCACCCACCCCUCUGUGUAACCCCGCCCCCUCCUCCUCAUGUUGGUUCCCCCGCUGCCCGGAGGUUUUUCCGGCUGUUGAUGGCGGCCUGAUUACUCACAGAGCACUCGCCUUCACCAUCCCCCACCCCUUUACCUCCACCUCAUCACCACCUACCAACAGCACCUCCCCCCACCCGCCAAAUCACCUCCCACAUCGCCAUCUGAUGGUGUGUGUCUGAGCGAGACAGGUAGGGCCAGGUGGGCUGACUGAGGAGGAAACCCGGUCAGAACAGGGAGAAAUUAAUGAUCAGUUCUUAUCAGCCUGUCUGUCAAAAAUUCAAUUUUAAAAUGAUAAAAAAAAUAAUAAUAAAAAAAUAAUAAAACAGGAACCAGAACCUCAAAAUAUCAAGUUUUCAUAAGUAAAAGUUCAACAAUAUCCUGAUAAAAUUAAGAAUUCUGCCCUAAAAAUCGUCACCGGUAAAAUUUCCAUCAAUCAAUUUAUUAAUUAUUAGCUUUAAUUCGAGUCCUCAGUGAUUAAAAAACUCUCAUUAAAACACUUUAUUCUAAUUCAUUUCCACAAAACAUCUUUCUGUUUAGUUUUAUGAAGCACUUUUUUUUUUUCAGACAACGGGAAUGAGAAAAAAUUCAGUAAAAGAUUUAAACUAAAACCAAUUAAAAGUUAAAAAAAAACCAGUUAAAACUCAAACUGAGUUUAGGUCAUGUGACAGGAAAUGUGAUCCAGCUUGUUGCGGCUAAAAGAAGGUCAGUCUGGGGGUCGUCAGCGUAGAAAGUAAAUCCAAGUCUACGUUCAGACUGCAGGUCAGUUCUGAUGUUUUAACCAUCUGUGACUCAUAUCUGAUGUUUUCAUCUAAGUGUGAACAGGUCAGUUCUGAUUGGUUCUGAUCCGACCCAGGCCUCUUCUGUAUGUGGAUAUAAAGUUUAGUCUGACUGUAAUCGACUGUUUUCGAUUAUUUUUCCUCAUUUCUUUUCUUAUUCUCGUCUGAUUUUGAACCGACUCUCAGACUUCUCUUGAUUUUAGAGUUUAUACGUCAGGCUUAGAUGAAGAAAAAGGAGUUUGCAGAUGUUUUCUGCUGUGCUAAGACAUAACUUUAUGUACAUCCCAUUUACUCUACGUGAAUUUCUGCAUUGCACCAUAAAGCGUUUGCUUUUCUGGUGAUAAUUCACCUGGAGUUCCAGCCAUCACAACAGGAGCAUCCUCAGGAGCGUCGUAACUUUAAUAUGCUUUUUCCGAUGCCUCUGCAAGUUCAGGAUAAACAACAGACGGGGACAGGAGCUAAGUAGGUCCCUGAUUUCUUUAAAGUUGUCAUAGAAACCUGAAUCACAUGAGGAAAUCAUACUUUAUGGUAAUCUUGGAGUCAUUUGGAGCGUGCCUGAGAGCAGUCAGAGCGACCCGGUCCUGUAAUACUUCGCAACAGUAAAGAAACAGACGUGCAACAGCAGACGUGUGUGUGCACGGCUGAACCGUUUCCUGACAUUGUUCAGAGAACCUGCUCGUCUUUGUCGGUUUCUCAGAGGUCACUGUGGUCCUGAUGUGGUUCUGCUCCUGCAGCUGAACCAGCUCCUGACAUUAAGCAGGUUCUGGCGCUCUGCCCGGCCCUUUUACCGCCCCGCUCCUGUGCCAAUUUCUCUGUGAUUCAUUUUUCCUCCCUGCUCAAUAAUGCCAUUAAUGUCACUUUAAUGAGGAGCGCUCAAUUUACAUCCCCUCCUCCUGUCUGCCUGCUUCACUGAUUGGUCACUUGGGAUGGGACACAUCCCUCAGGCUGCGGCGCUGCAGAGGAAGACUGCGGUGAUUUUCUCUAAAGUCGUAAAUGUGCGGAUAAAAAACCUCUGAUGGGGGGUCUUGACUAAAUGUAGACUUUCACACGGUGGACUUUAACUUGAUUGGACCUGAGCUGGAUACCUGUCGCAGGUAGACCCCCGAGCCUCAUCCCCUCAAACUGUCUGUCAGUAUCUGAGCCGGCUCACCCAGAACACCUUCAGCAGACAGAACAAACAUCCCCGCCCACCUCUCCUCCCCUCAGCCUCAUAAUCCCCAGCAUGACAGCCAGGGGCCGGGAUCUACACGUUUAAUCCCACUUGUACUAAAAUACCUCCUGAGGUAGGGAGAGAGUGGCGGUGGGGGGGCGGGAGGAGCGGGCAGGGCGGUUGGCGAGACGAGACGAGACCCCCGAGCUGCUGAAUGUGGGAGCGAGUAAAAAGCAGCUUUUUAACCGAGGGGGGGGGGUCUCUGGUCUGAUGGUUUCCUGAGUGUCUGAGCGCUCACGAUGUGAUGCCGUGACGAGUGAAGGUGCCGGACGUCUUUAACGUUUCCUGUAGAGGGUCAGGAGGAAAAAACCCCAAACAUGAAUAUUAGAAAUUCACUUUUUCAUCAUGGCUGUGUCGUCUUUUAGGAUUUCACCUUUCAAGCUGAAAAAAUUACUCAUCCUGUCACAAACUGAAGCUUUUAGUCUGAGUGAAAUUAUUCCUAGAAAGCAGUUUUGAGAUUUCAGUGUCAAAAAUAAACGAUUCAAACAAAAACCUAAAAACUACAAUUUUACAAGAAGAAACACACAGUCUUUAAAAAUAUACAGUGUCUUAAAAUGUUUUAAAAUAAGUUAAAACAAGUUUAACGAAUUAUUCAGGAAAAAAACAAGAAUCAGCAGAUUUUAUUCACAUCAAAUUUUGCCUGAUGCAGAAAAAAUUAGAAUUUUGCUUAAAAACUUAAAAACGUCGAGAAUUUUCCUGAACGGACUUUAACACAGUCUGUUUCCUGUCAGACAUAAUCAAUCGAACGAGAGCUGUCAGCAUUAAAGUUUAAUUUAGGAGGCAAUUAGAGUCCAAAACUGUUUUAUUUAAUCAGAUGUUAAUUGAUCUCCUUAUUGGUGCAGUGUAGUAAAUCUGCAGCUGCAGCCAUGAUGGAAAAUGACGGCCCCCUGAACUUAAAGAAACUCCCAGAUGGAUCAGAUGAAAAGUCGAAAGUAAAACUGACUUCAUGUCAAACAGAAUCAAACUGCAGUCCUCUGAGUCUGAGCGAAGCAUACAGGUGCAGCGAAUCAGACUGAUGUGACCGAGGGACGCCAUCGCAAAAGUUUACAAGAUCCAGAGAGUGUCAGAUAGAUCAAUAUUUUAUUGAUCUUAUUUAAUAAAUUCAGUAAAAAAGCAACGAAACUGGAACUCCUGAAAGUGCAAACACUGCUGCAUGAACCAGGAGCCCUCAGUGAGGAACUGCAGACUUUAGAAACAAGCCGUUUAAAUCACACAGGACCUUUAUAUAACACUCAGUGAGAAAUCUAAAUGAUCCAGAGUAACAGCACACCAUGUUGACAUUUGACUCUCCUGCACAUUUCUUGAUGUGAAACAGCGUCAAACUUUAAAAUAAUCAUCAAAACAAUGAAAAUCUGUUGGAAUAAGAACUGAAAAAGCGGUUUUCUUCCUCUUAGUCGUGGUUUCUGGUGCAGCGUUUAUUGAAUACUUCAUCUAAAAGUCAUAAAGAAUUAAUAAGGACUCACAAAACUGUUUAGAAAUGCAAUUAAAACUCUGAUUGAUUUCAGUCAAAUAUUGAAGUUCUGUGAUUGAUGGUGAUUAUAAGAAUUUAGUUUUUCACAGCGCUCAUUUAAAUUUUAACAACCCUGAAAGUGAGAUUAUAAUAAUUACAGUGUCGUCUCAAAGCAACUCUCACUGAAGUGUCGGGCGACCCUGCAGGCUCAUUUUGUCGUUUCACACCUUAAAAGCAUCGUAAUUCUGCUUUUGAAUUAUUCAGCUUAUUUCCGACUGCAUCAGAUCCACAGCUGCAGACAAAUAAAGGUUAACAUGGUGGAGUUAACGGAGGAUUAAAGAAAAACAAUCAUCUGAUGCACUUUUGCAUCCUGGAGACUCUCGUGGUGAGGGUUUCUCCGAGGGGAAACAGCUCCUCUCCUCUCCUCCGUCUCUGUCUCUGUGUUUUUCUGGUCCCUGCACACAGAGGAGGCCUUAAGCUUCCUCACAAGAGCCUUCAGAAAAAGUCACUGUCAAUUAUUUACCAAACAGCUCCUCUUCUUCUGAUCUUUCCUCUUUUAUUUUAAACCUGCAAGACGAGAGGCGGGGCUCAAUUAACCCUCCUGUCUGCAGCGAGGAGCGUCCGUGUUAAACAGUCGGAGUGAGCAGAUGUAAAUUCAGUUAUAAUUUGGAUAAAACACAGAUUAAUGCUCAGUGGAGCAGAGAGCAGAGCGGGGCGAGGACGUAUUAAAAAUUCAUAUUCAGAGAAGAAGAAGAAGAGGAGGAGGAGGAGGAGGAGGUUUAGUAGUUAAGUCACCUAGCAACAAGAGGCGGGCACCAUCAUAGAGGUCCUGAGGAAGACGGGCAACAAAAAGAGAGAGACACCUAAAGGAGAUCGGUGGGAUUAACUGUCGGUUUAUAAUCUCAGAGUGUCUCUAACAAACAAGAACGGACGAGACGACUCAGAGGAGUCCUGAGGUUCACCUUUAAAUCAUCUCUAUCAAUAAAUGCAUUAAUAAUAUACUUUAAUUAAAGAUCAUUAAAACAAGAAACAAAAAGACGUGUUCACUGCAAAAACUCAAAUCUCAAGAGUUUGAAUUUGUCCUAAAAAUGACUCAUUCAGUUUAAUUUAACCCACAUUUACCCGACAGUUCAGGAUGAGAAGUAAUAAUGAUUUAUUAAGACAAUCAAAAAUCCACACUAACUCGUCUAAAAUAUCAGUCAGAUACUGAAAAAUAAGCCCCGCCCCCUUCAGCCAUGUGACCAUAAUUCUUCUUUACUGUUGUUCACACACCUCCGCCCCCUUCACCCCCUCAUCCGUCCCUUCAUUCAUCCAUCUCCCCCUCCUUCACCCUCUGCUUGGCAGGUGUGCCGUGAUGCAGUGCUGUGAGCCGCUAUUUCACCCGCCCCGUUCGCCACUUAGCGUGCAGCUCGCUCCCGACUCUGCUCAACAAACUUUACACUCCGAUGCACCGAUUCAAGUCUCACAAAGCCGGGAGAGUUUGCAGUGUGUGGGUUUUUUUUAUCAAACACACCCCUCAAUGCUGUUCAAACUCGUACAUAAUUACAUUAAAUAAGUUUGAGGAGUUUUUCUAAAAUCGUGUUUCUGACAGUAAAUCUCUUCUGACGUUCUCCCAGGAGUCAAAUGUUUCACCCAUCACGAACCUCUCAGCGGGGGUGUCAGAAAAUAAAAAACCUGAGCGAUGAAAUAAUCAGUCGUCUUCCCGACGGUCUCGUUUGUUUUUUAAGGUCAUAAAGAGACAUCAGCGUUAAUAUCAGCCUGUCUGAAAACUUCAACACGAGUAACUCUGCUGCCUAAACCAGAUUAUAAACAACAUUAAACAGGAGAUAAUCUGCUUCUCUAUGUUCUUAAAAACUAAAGUCAAAGUGACGAUGUUAGAAUAAUCUGCUUCUUCGGUUUACCCAGUUUGUGAUGUCACAGAUCGCUGAAUCUCCUGAAGAGAUCGUCACUAACGUUAAAUUAUUAUUAUGCUGCGAUCUUCUGGUUUCCUUUUAAAACUCUCAGGGUCAGAAUGGUUUGUCUGUUAGAUUAAGAUUUAUCACUUAACUUGAUGAGGAAUUUGGCAGCAGUGGAGGAGGCUUCUGGAGAGCUGACCUGAACAACUAAAAAGGAGGAUUUUAUUUCAAAGACGGCAGCCUGAGAUCAGAAGGCUUUAAUGGUUUUCACUGUGUAAUUAAUAAAAAAAUCUUUCUUUAGAUAAUUUUUAAUUAUUAAAUCUCUGUCUUCUAAUUGGCUGAUUUUGGUCUCUCUGAAAAUAAAAGUGAAAUAUCACGAACUAAAGACCCGAACCUCCUCAGCUUCAGUCACACCUGUGUCUGACUUUCUUUGACCUCGUCUCAGACUGAAAGUUUCUGAACAUGUCAGAGGAAAAAGGAUGGAGGGCAGGAAGGUGUCCUCGUCCUCCUCGUCCUCCUCGUCCUCCUCGUCCUCCUCUGAGCUAAACUGGGUCCCCGUCAGUUUGAGAGUACAGUACAGUACAGAGCAGCCCUGGCCCAUAUUCUAAGUAUAGAAGUCCUUCUUUCAGACUGAGCUGGAACAGGGUGAAAUGGGUCAGAUGGCCGGACAACCUCAGGUCCUGACCUUGAUUCUUCAGGACCCCGGGCUGUUCGGUCUCUGACUGUCGAGGUAAAAGAAACCGGAUGAAAACAGAGCAGAUGAUAAACUAUGGAAGGGUUUUAAUGUGACCUUUUCAUUUUUUUACUUCAACUUUUUACCAUAUUUUCUAAAUAAAAGUCAGGAAUCCUGGAUUGAACUCAAAGUUUUUUAAAAGUCACAAGAAACAGAAUUCUAAAUUUUAAAGACAGAAUUCUAAAAUUUUCAUGAUGAAAAUCCAAAUUCUACCAUUGACGUCAGAAUCAGACAGAAAAACGGUGGAAUUCUUAAGUGAAAAUCAGAAUUUUGACAAAUUUAAGGAUUUAAACCCAAACUCCACAAAUUAGGAUAGAAAUUCUGUAAAUCAAACAAAAAUGUCAGAAAUUAGUCAGAACUCAGAAAUACAAGACAGACUCCUGUUAUUAAAUCAGAGUUUUAAGGAGAUAUGAGAAGUUUUGCAAAUAAUUUUAGAGUUAUAAUUAUGGGGAUUAAAUCCACAAUUCAACAAUUAAAACCAGAUUUUCAUCUUUAAGGUCAGAAUUCAAACUGUUUACGUCUGAACUCUGAGAGUCAGGACUUCAAGGUUUAAAGCCAGAAUUCUGAGAUUAAAACCCAAAUUCUAAAAAAAUGUCAAAAUUUUGUAAAUUGAGCCGGAAUUCCUGGAUUAAAGUCAGAAUUAAGACAUUUGACUUACUGAUUGCGACACUGACUUUGAUUUAUGAAUACUGAGAAAAACAAAACGUCUGAGUUAGACCUUCAAAUAUUUCUUCAUUGGCCCUCGUCUCUGUCAUGUUACAGAUUAAAAACAGAAUUCUGACACAAAUUCAGAGAAAACGGUUUUAAAAAGUUUCCCACACGUAUUAAUCGUUCUGUUCCUGGUGAUGAGCAGACGUCAUCGGGGUGGUGGGAUGUAGCUGAACGUGACGUGCACGCUACAAAACGCCACCGCAGACACAUCGCAAUAACCUGCUGCUGCAACAAGAGUUUAACCCGGCAUGAGAUUUGAGAGGCAACACGGCUUCUUGGCCUUUCCACCAAGUCACCUUGCAUGCUCGAACUGAGCAAGAGUGUGUGUGUGAGUGUGUGUGUGUGUGUGUGUGUGUGUGUGUGUGUGUACGUGAGUGUGUGAGUGUGUGUGUGUGUAAAGGAGUGUUUCGAAGUGUGAAGGGUCAGUUUCCAAAACUCUGUUUUUACUUCUGGAACAAAAUCCUUCAUAGAAGCAUUUUCUUGUUUUUGGCAGAUAUUCUCUGAAUCAGUUACAGCUGAUCUUUUGCCCAAUGAUUAAAUAUUUUAAAAAGAUCGUAUUAGUGAUAUUUUAGACUUAGAAAAAGUGCGUGCUCCGAUAUGGAAAUCUCUGUCUUUUGUAGAUAUGUAAAUCAGUUUAUCUUCUCUGGAGUUCGGCAGAGCCCUGUCAUAUUUUAAAUAUAUUAAAAAUUAAACUUACUAUGAUUAAUAAGUUAAAAUUGUGUAUUGUUUUAAGUAGAAAUAAAACUCAUAGACAUGCAUUUGCGACUGCAGCUGUAAUAAUUUAACAGUUUUCCCUUCUGUUUGGGCUCAAACUCUGGCACCGGUUCUCCUGGAGGACUCGCCAAGUCCUUUUUGGGGUGUUUGUCCGCCUCUACAGUCUAAGCUGGUCUGGAUACUUACCCCACAGACAAGAUUUGGGCAGCACCACAUCAGCUUUCCUCUUUAUUUAGAAUCAGAUUUAAAACCUGCCCAAAAAGACGAGUAAGGCGUUUUGUGAAGAGCUCGAAAAAACGUGAUGUGGGACCUUUGCUACCAGGGUGCCAGAGUUAGUUUUUUAUCGCCCGUCUAAAAACCACAAAAACAGUUCUGGGAGGUUUGUGAAAUGAGUUCGACACUGGAGAGUGAAAAGGCGGCAGCAGCAGGAAGAAUAAUGUUUCCAUAAUGAAGUUUAAUAAUGAUUAAAACAUGAAGUGUUUGAGUGUAAUCCAGAGAGUUUCAGUCGAUUCUGUCUGACUCGCUCACAGACUAAAACAGCCUCGUGUGUCGACGAUGAAGCGGCGUUAAAACGAUACAGAGGUGUGUUUAAGUCAGACAGGUGAAGUCUGAAAGUGUUUUGGAAAGACUGACUGUGUCUGACUGUCUGUUUGACCGACUGUUUCUCACUUGCUGGCUGGUUUGUGCUGCUGCUGAUCACUAACUGAUCACCUGUCCAUGACUGUUGAUACCUGUGCGACAUGGAGGUGUUUCAGCUCUGUCUAAGCCCCGCCUUCUUCCUGUCUCUCCUCCAGUCCACCGUCCCACAGCCCACCUUCCCCAUGCCCGUCACCGUGCCAGUAUCCAAUCAGAACGCGGCGGCAGCGGCAGCAGCUCUCCAGUUUAGCAGCAACCCAGCCCUGGUCACCACCUCCUUCGUCACCUCCACCCUCACAGACCCACGCCUCCUGUCGCCACAGCAACCAGCUCUGCAGAGGAACACUGUGUCGCCAGGGUUACCACAGCGACCAGCGAGCGCAGGUAAGAGAAGCAGGGUGAAACUCUUUGGUAAAAACCGCGUCUGUGCAGCCCUGCAGAGUGCUCAUGCUUGUCUUAAUCAAUAACAAACAUCCACGUAAAGUCCGCUCUGCAGCCGAUCGAUCCGACCGAAGAUUUACAGAUUCAUCCGAACACAGAGCGAUGUUCUCGCUCCGUCUUUGACGCACGGCGGAUGAUGAGUUUUUAUUUGGAAAAGCAGCAACAGAAGAAAAAAGAGAAACCACUCACACAAAAAUCCAAAACAAGACUUGAAGGAUGAAAGACUUCAAAGUACACGCCCACAUGCUUUGAUUGACAGGUGCACAGUUACAAAGCAGAAACUGCACAACAAAAACAUUUUCCAAAAAUGAAGCAGGAAACAUUUCCCUUUAAAAGAAGGAAACAAUGACAGGCAUGCUUUUUUCAGACCAGUGUGAAAACCGACUGUUGUGCUCUUAGGAGUGCUGUGGAAGCGGUGAUUGCUCCUCAACCCCAUGCAAAGAGGUCAAUACAUUAUCAAGCUUUUGAAGGAGACCUCUUUGCACAACAUAUCGACAGAAGGAACAAUUAGAGCAACCAGGACUGCUCUUAAUGUGCCGAACAGUUCAGAGCAAGAAGCAAAAUCAUUGGACUACAUUCACAGCUCACAGGAAAACAAAAGGAGGAGAGGAAGAGAAGUGCGGUAAACACGUCCUUUACAGUCAGGCUGCAGAUCCGAGUCCAUCAGAGAGGAGGCCCAACUUUACUAUUUCCUCUAUCAGAGUCAUAGUUUAUUCAAACAUUAGAUUUUACCCCUUUUUGUACAGAUUAUAUACGUUUUUCAGACCAGAAGAAGCUUUAACAGCUCCCUUUUUUAAACCACCAAACUCCAUUGAGAAAAACAGUCAUUUUUACUUUCUGGUUACCAGAGUAGCAAAAUGAGGCACCACUUAAGUGAGCCAGUCUCUUUGUUUAAUGUUGUGCUUUUUUAUUUUUUCAGGGCUAAUAUUGUAUCUGUAAAACACAAAAUUACACAAAAACACAAAUCAAUAGGAGCAGCACUUUACCGGCAGCUCCAGUAUUCAGGGAGGUAAAAUUAGUGCUUUUGUCAAUGGACUCUGGUGGCUUUAAAGAGAAUAAUUACGCAGCUGUGUCUGAAGUCGAAAAAGCAUCUUAGGCCAACCCUCCAUAUUGAGCCAAUAAUGGUGUAAUAUCGGUGUCCUGGUGUGUGAUUUUACAACGCGUUACACAUGAACACACUCAGAUAUUCACACAAGAGCGGCACCUUUUCUAGACACACUAUAUGAGACACAGGAAGUUAUACAGAUAAUGCAGUGUGUUUAAAAGUUCUUAUGAACUGUUUAAAAAGUCUUUUAGCAAAAAUAUUCACAACAAAUGAAACAUUUGACUCUCACAGGUCUGCAGUGUAAUUUUUUUGCUAGAUGACAAAAUAAAAAGACUCUUUUGGCCACAGGGGGCGCCAAAGUUGACCCAAACUAAACUUCCUUAUAGGAGCUUUAAAGUUAUGUUUCGUGUGCGCGAUGAAAUCUUUUGACUGUGCAAAAAUGUACAAUCAUCUUCAACAUGUGGUAUUUUUUAAUCAUUGCACGGUCGUGUGAACAGUCUGAGACGACAGAAACUCUCCACAGACGUGAAAAUGGGCUUGAAUUUGGUGUUGUAGUUGUGGGUGUAAUACUGCACAUGUCACUUUCUGUUGCAUGGCUGUAGACUGAAACAGAAAUAUUAGACAAAUUUAGACUCUGAACUUUGCAAAAGCAGCCCCCUGGUUUAAGAAUAUCGUCAUGCCGUUACAUAAAUUCAGUUUUAUUCCUCAGUUUGAACUAAAGUCUUGAAAGACGUCAAAGGGCUGAGCACCAAACUUGUCGUGUAGCUGGACUUACUGAGCUCCUGACUCUACCUUUAUAGAUUUGGUUGUCAUGGUGAUGUAGUUGCUCUAAUACCUUUUUCCCUCAGUGUAAUAGCUGCUGUAUUUCCUCUCUCUGUAUGUAGAGGCAGAGUUUAUACAUCAGCUGAGUUUUAUAGAGCGAACAGGCAGCAGAAUGAGCAGAGCGUCGAGUGUGUGUGUCGGUACAUUGAUGUCCUGUGAAUAACUCCUGUUCGCUGACAUAAAAACACUCCGCCUUUUAAUGACACACAUCCGUCUCUUCCUUGACGGAGGCUGCUUCUCUGCCUCCCUGCCUCUGUGUGGCGAACCAAUCCUUCACCCUCCCGCUAAAAGGAUUUGUGCCCCAUUUUUGCGUCUCAGACAAGGUUACUUAUCAAGCUUUGUUGCGAGCGGCGUAAUCUCAUUGUAAGUCAGAAUUAGGUGAUGUAACGUGCAACAAAUGCAUUACAGCAUCUUUCAUAACAUGCCGGUCUCGGAGGCCCGAGGGUUUCACAUAGCAGUAAUGAACCCCUCAUUCCCUCUCUCCCUCUUUCUCAUAACUUCAGCCGUGCAAACGCUCUGCAGCACUCGGCUAUGCAUCCCACAUUACCAGAGAUGUAUUGAGUUCACCGCGCUCGCUUAUCGCUGUGUUCCCAUGCAUGCAUCCAGCCACAUACUCUGCAGCCGACCCCGAUGACCUCCACACUGAAGAGUUUGAACCCGGAUCUGAACCCAAACAGGGGGAAUAAAAACCACCGGAGAGAGACGAUAACAUGAUCGAGCGACUUGAUUUUAUUUAUCUGAACCUUUGUCAGCAGGAAAAGUGUCAAAGUGUGGAAACAUCUCAGAAUCACUUUAGUGACAGUUUACUGUGAUGGUGGGCGGUCAUGUGACCUGUCAGCUCAUUUCUAUUGGACCGUUUGAGGAGUGACAUCACGUACUAAAAUAAUCAACAAACAAGAGCAAACUAGGAAAACACAGACGACUUUACAGCUCUGGAUCUUUGGCAGGAACCGUUCUUCUUCUUCUUCUUCUGUUAAGGUUCCUUUACAAUCCAGGAUCCGACACUAGAUUUAAACUGCACCCAGAUUAGAUUAAAUUAAACAGGAAGUGACAGUGACGCUCAUUCCUUAAAGGUUAGUCAGGAGACUAGGGCCUGACUGACAUGGAUUUUUUGGAGCCGAUGUCGACAACGAUUAUUAGGGGGGAAAAAAUCCAAUUACCGAUUAAUCAGCAGAUUUUUAAAUUUUUAAAAAUAAAAGUUAUAAAAAAAUAUAUAUAUAUAUAUUGUAGAUAUCUACUGUAGAUUUACAGAAUAUAGUAUACUGUAAAUCUACAGUAUUUUAUAUACUGUAGAUAUCUACUGUAGGCUACUGCUCUUCAUGCCGACAGGAAGACCGACUGAUCAAACUGGGACCAGAGAAGCGAUCUGAGUCCAUCAGCAGUCGCUUCAUUUGAGAUUUUUCAGCAUUUAGUGACUUUUAACCCCGCUGCUGUUUGUCCGGGUUCGAUGGACGGGAAUCGAACGAUCUGUGACUGCAAACAAAAAGGAAAUAAGUUGCUCUGAAACCUCCCUGGAGGAUUACGCUGCUGUCAUUACCGCCUGUUUUUCAGCUGCUUCAGUCAGAUGAUCUUAUUCAUGCAAAAAGCAGCCAGACCCUCGGCUGGUUGGCGUUUAUUUUGACCACGAUGUAAAACAAAGAGUAAACUUUCUUUUUAAUCAGGAGUCAAAAUGAUCUUUUUUUUCAGUUUUAAAUGAGUCUGAUGAUUUUCCUCCCAAUAUGAGACUAAAGUACCAUCGAGAUCCGCCAAAGAGGUCCUCGUAAAUUAAUGGGACUGCAGAAUUGAAACCAAUUAAGCUCCUUCAUGGAGUGAAGUGCGUGUCGACAGCAGAGGCUCUUCUUUUAUUGAAUUUAUCGUGUUUUAAUCACAUUUUCCAAACAGGGAUGAGCAGAGUUUCAGAUCAGGUGAAAUAACGGAGAAGAAAAGAUGCUGAAACGGUGAUCUGUGUUUCUCUGUUCCAGGUGCUCUGCUAGGAGGAGAUCUGGGGAACUCAAACGGAGCCUGCCCGAGUCCAGUCCGUAAGUAGUCCAUUCCCCGGGUCUCCUUCCUCUUGUUUUUAGCACAAGUCGAGGAAAAGUUCACACACACACACACACACUUGAGCUCCUGGCUGUUUGUUUUAAAGGGGGAAUCAAGUUCUGAUUGUGACUCAUGAAGCGAGCCAUGCAGAGUAUUUUAUUUAAUGCGGCGGCAGCAGCAGGCGGUCACGUGUGCAGAAGUCCAACACAGACACACUCUCACAGAAGCAGGAAAACACCUGUUGGCUGUCGACAGCUGAAGGUCACAGUACAAGCUGCUUGAAAUCCGUCCAGAGAACAGAGACGGUUUCAAGUUGAGAGAAAAGACUGAAAAGAGGAACAGAGAGUGACAGAGAGGACGUUACGAAACUCCUCCGCCUGUUUGGUUCGCUGUCUUUUUUUCUGGAAACGUGACUUUAAAAACGAGGAUUGAGUUCAGUCCGUUAGAAAUGUGACAUUAACACUGACCCAGUCUGGAGUCUGCCAGCUGUUCCACAUAUCUGACAGGGAGCUUAACAUUGUGUUCCUGACUAAUUGACGUGUUUGUCAUUGGUUUCCUUUCUGACUCUGAUGUCAGGAUGACUCGACUCCGUGCAAACAGCUAAACCAUUUCAUAUGAGAAGGAUCAGGGUCUCUGCUCACCGUCUUUAAAGUCUGCUUCAUGGUUUGGUUGCACCGUUUCCUCGUCCACUCACCCCAGUUUAGUUCCAGUUUAACAGCUGUGGGUUUUUACGGUAUGAAUUUGCAUUUGCACGGUCACCAGUUGGGAAAGACGUCAAAAUAACUUGAACAAGCGGGACCCGACCCGAGUCUACAGAGAGGGAGAGGUGAUAUCUGCAUUAACCUGAUCAGAUCUCCUCAGUUCACUGCUUUACUGUCCUGAAUCAGGAGCUUUAAUUCAGAGUGAAGCAUUCAUCAAUCUUGUCAGCAGGAAUCUCAUUUUACCGAGUAGAUCAUGAAGACGUAUCGGUGUAAGAGUGACGAUUUCAGAACCUCCUCACUGUCCCGUCCUGCAGGAGUCUCAUCCUGUCGUUCCUGUGAGUCACGUCUCAUUCAGAGUCGACUGUCACUGUAAAUAUCGUCUCUCUGCUCGUAAAUUCAGGAGGUUUGAUCUGAAUGUUUGUCUCUGAACGUUGAAGUGAUUGUGUGAAAAACCUAGAAGCUGGAAUCCUGCAGCAAACAUGGAGGAGGAGGAGGAGGACUGCAGCCACGCCACCAGGGGGAGCUCUAAAUGUUUGGACUCACUGUAGAGGAGCUGUUGUGUCGUCCGUUUUUACACAGGAAGUGAUUUAUGAGUCUGAAACUGUAAAUCUAUGAUGGAGGAUGUAAACGUCAGAGGAGUUUGACUCGGUCUCCUCCCCCCUCCUCUCUCCAUCCACCCUCCCCCCUCUCAUCCUGUCUCUCUCAGCUGUUCCUCCUCGUCUUCUCUCUGCCAUUAUCCGCCCCUCCCCCCUAAAACACUCACACACUCCCAUCCAACUGUCCCUGGUCUUGGCACCGGGCUCUCCUCAGAGGUGACUUUGACACUGGCCAGAGCCCCCACCCCCCACUCCCCCACCCCCUUAAAUCCCAUUAGCAGGGACAGAUAGAGUCAGCCUGCCUGUGCUGAUAGAUACAGAGGAGAGGUGGUGUGUGUGUGUGUGUGUGUGUGUGUUUAGAUUCACUCUAUAAAGGGACUGUGUCAGGCUAAGGUGGGCCAAAAGAAAUCAAUACAUUUACAUUAACUUGGCUGCUCUGUAUCAGAGGACUGUGCCGACGCAGAGCUCCAGUAUCGAUAUCAGAGUUUCAGGAGCACACGCACUCGCUGAGGAACGGCGCUCUUCAAAGUUGGUCUCCGUCGAUAUUCGAGGAAAAAAAAAAAAACUCAUCGUAGCAAAAGUUUAAAUGAAAAAAAAAAGAUUUAGUCUCUUAUUCAGACGAUGCUCUCAGUCGGUUAAAUACAUUUAAGGAUAAAACUGAGGAGAGAUAAAGAAGAAGAAGAAGCAGCUGUGAGCGCUGAUUCAGCACCUUUACAAACUCUAAAAACACGAGACAGACAAAGUAAAAGCAUGAGGAACUUUUGUUUUAUCCAAUCAAAGUUUAAUUAUAAAUCACAUUUAAAAACUACGAAAUACUGACCAAAGUGAUGAAAAUUUAAUUUCAUGAGUUAACUCCUCGGUCAAAGGGCUGACUACGUGGAUAAAUCACAAAUUUUAUUAGUAUUCAAAGUAGAUGUUGACAUGUGAGUCAACUGUAUUUGUGUUUAGUAGCAAGUUUUCACGAUAUUGUCGCUAAGGUGACGUUUUAUGGCCGUGAUAAUCAUUAGAUGAGAAUCAGAUGUAGUAAACAAAUAAAAGCUCUUCUUCUUCUUCUUUUUGGAGAAUCUUCUGUCCUGUUUGAAAAUCUUCUUCUGUUUCCUGAUAAAAGAGUCUGUCUGCUGUAGUCGGGUCGUCCUGACACGUUUGUCCAAACAUGAACGUCAGCUCAGGUGACCUGCAGCUCCACCUGGCUGCCUUUGCCUCCUCUCUCUCUUUUCCUUCUCACCUUUCCUAUCUCCUUGUUUUUUCUCUUUCUUUCUGGUCCAUCCCUCCUCUCUUCCUUUCCCUCUCUGUCCCUCUUUCUUUCUCAUCUUUUCCUCUCUUAACCCCUCCUCUCCUCUCCUCUCUUCUCGUCGUCUCUUUUUCUUUUCUUUUUUCUUCUCCUUUUCUCUCUCUCUCUCUCUUUUUCUCUCUCUUCCUCCUUUUCUCUCUCUUUCUCUCCCCCUCCUCCCCCUCUUUUUGGGUCUGUCGUUCUCAGCUGUUGUCCUGGGACUCGGGGCUCCGGGAAUGUCACCAUUGACGUCACCCGGCAUUCCUCACAUUCCCACGCCCAGCCUCGUGUAAUGAGAGACAUCACACACACUCACACACACACGCACACACACACACACUCUCACACACACACACGCACACACACACACACACUCGGAUUAUUGCAGAUUCACUCGUGUUCAUGUCAGUGAACAGAAGAGUACAUAUGAACGGUCCUCAUACGUAUAUAAAGCCAAAGACACACAUCAGCAUGUCUCUGACACACACACACACACACACACACACACACACACACACACACACACACACACACACACUCAGAGUUAGAGUGUGUUCAUGGGAGCUUUUGUGUAAACGUCACACAAACACACUCAUGCUGUAUGGAAACACAGCCAUCUAAUAGUUUAACUGAACACGAACUCUGGAAUAAAUCAGAAUAUUCUACAAAGUCAGAAUUAAUAAUAGUAAUAAUAAUAAUAAUAAUAAUAAAAAUAAUAAUAAUAAUAAUAAUAAUAAUAAUAAUAAUAAUAACAAUAAUAAUGAUAAAAAUAAUAAUAAUAAUAAUGAUAAUAAUAAUAAUAAUAAUAACAAUAAUAAUGAUAAAAAUAAUAAUAAUAAUAAUAAUGAUAAUAAUAAUAAUAAUAAUAAUAAUAACAAUAAUAAUGAUAAAAAUAAUAAUAAUGAUAAUAAUAAUAAUAAUAAUAAUAAUAAUAAUAACAAUAAUAAUGAUAAAAAUAAUAAUAAUAAUAAAAACUGAAAAAAUAAACAGUAAUAAUUAUGAUAAUAAUGACCAUUAUUGAUAAUAAUAUAAUAAUAUCUAUACAUAUAUAUUUAUAUUAUCAUUAUCAUUAUUAUUAUUGUUUUUUGUUUGUUUCAUAUUUGAGAUGUUGGGUAUUUCACACAGUCGGGGCAGGAGACAAGUAUUGGAUCUUAUACAGCCGAGUUUUGAGCUCUUUUUGUGUCUCUGUAAGAUUUUCUCCAUAAUUUAUGAUAUUUAUUUAUCGUCGAACCCUCAAACUUAGUUUGUGCAAAAAUGCGUCUGUGGUCGAGUGAAAACAUUUCAGAGGACGUGUAAACACACAAAAAUGAUGAAAAUCUGGAUUCCAAUAAACUCCCACCACCACCAAUCACACACACACACACACAUCUCACAGGUGCCCUCAGGCGCACACACACACACACACACACACACACACACACACACACACACACACACACACACACACACACACUAAUAAUUUCAUGCUGUGUGUGAACUUUCAUAACUCAGGGGCCCCACAAAGCCACCGUCCAUUUCCUUCACCCACAAACAUGAACACAACGUAACCAGCUACAGAUUCCUGUUUGUCAGAGUGACGCACUUGUCUGCUCUGUGUGCACGCACAUACACACACACACACACACACACACAGGGAAAGAAACAGGGUUACAGGAUGUCCCAGAAACACCUGCUCCAGUUCACUGUCUGACAUUCGGCUGCAGGUGAUUUCAUUGGUCACCCUGACUCUGGUGUCCUAUCUUCUCUCCUUACUCACUUAUCUCCUUUCCUUCAUCCUUACUCCUCUACCUCUUCUCAGUUUUGGCUCCUUUGUUCUUAGUGUGCAGCUGAACUAAGACUGUGAUGUUCUCAGGAGAAACCCACCUGUCAUGGCGGCGGCGGCGGCUCUCUCAUGACUGCAGAAGUCACUGGAGGCCGUUUUUUCACUCGGACAAAUGACGGAUUUGGAGCAGGUGUAACAUGAGGGAGACUAAACGGUUAUCAGGGUGUUGAUUUUUGGAGAGGAACAGGUGAACAGAAGGAGCUGAAAGAUCCUCGGAGAAGGAGACAUCCACUCUCCAUCUCACCUUUCCUACCUCCUCUUUUCCUUUACUUACCCUCUGUCCUUGUCUUCCCUUUAAGCUGUACUCAUCGUUUGCUUCCUAACUCACCCACAUGUUUUGUUCGCCUCUCUCCUGUUCAUUUUUCUCUCAUUUAUCCUCAUUGGUCCUCCUUUCCUCACCUUCAGACCUCUCCUUGUCUCCUCCCUUGUCUCCUUCGUCCCCUCAUCUCUCCUUACUCCCCUGUCUCUCCCUCUGCCCUGAUCGAGUUGUUAUAGAGGUACCUGUUGUUGUUGUUGUUGUUGUCAGGUCCACUCCAUAAACAGUCUAUGUGUGUGUGUGUGUGUGUGUGUGUGUGUGUGUUUUUAUCUCCCUGGAGUGUGUGUGUGUGUGUGUGUGUGUGUGUGUGUGUGUGUGUGUGUGUGUGUGAGUGAGAUGAAGCAGAGUCACAUGCUGCUGUCGUCUGGAGGCGGCAACAUGGCGAACAGCUAUCUGCUAUCACACACACACACACAAACGCCAUGACUCUGUCCAGUGGGAAAACAGCCUCUAAGUGUGUGUGUGUGUGUGUGUGUGUGUGUGUGUGUGUGUGUGUGUGUGUGUGUGUGUGUGUUGGGAAAGUCCCCGCUGUAGUGAAGUCCUGUUUCUGACCUCAGCUGCAUGAACAGGCUGCUGUCUGCUGGAUUCUUCGUCGCUGUUGCACCAAUAAAAAUAAAUCAGUGAUAAAAACAUGAAAAUAUAAACGAUAAAGACGUCGUUCUGAAACUGUAGUUCAGGUUUAUUUCACCUGUGAACCUGCAGCACCAGGUUAAGUCUCAGUGUGCCCGCGCACACUCCUGCAGACACACAUGCAGAGUGGGACAUGUGUCAGGUGUUGAUGCUUUUGCAGAGUAACUGUGGCGUUACGCUGUCUGGAUCCUGGAACGCGGCCCGUUGUACAGUAUCAAAGCAGGGCGCGUUCAACAGAGACGUGACGUUCUGUCAUGUUGCAGGAAUGUAACUGUGAGACAGAAAAACAAACAAGGAGACAGAAAGAGAAAGAGAUGAGUACGCUGCUGUUUUUAAUAAAGAUGAUGUAAAUAAAUCAAAUCAGAUUAACCCUUUUUUUGGUACAGAACUGCAAAAUAAUCCAACAGGUAAAAAAUGACUGUUGAAUAUUUAUUCAGCACCAAAGCUUUCAAAGACUGCAGGUAUGAACUGUACUCUUUAUUUUAACGUUUUUUAAAGACUUAAAUUCACAUUUAGUUCAAGCUUUAACAGGCAGAAACCUGGAGCAGACCCAGACUCAGGGUGAACAUCCAUCUGCCCAGAGAGAGAGAGAACUCCUCCUCCAUGAUUUACUGCUCAUGAUAUUUCAUAGAUGUGAUAUUUUUAGGUCUGAAACACCGUCACCAUCAGGAUCCAGGACUGGAGCUGACGGUCUCUGAUGUCAUAACUCUGUCCUCCUUCUCAGGUGUGAGUCGAUGUUCGGCUCGAACCUUUUUAACAGUCAGUCAGUUUGAACAGCCUGGAAAUGUCAGGUCUGAAAAAGAUGGGGUUUCAGAAUCAUGGAUUCUGGACUGUAGGGGUCUGAAGUGCUUGGCCAUAGAGAUGCAGGAUUCCAGGAUGGUGGAUUUGAGAAUGUAGAGUUUUAGAUAUCAGGAUUUCAGGAUGCACUUUUUGGUUUCCAGAAUUCUGGUUUCUAGAAUCUACUCGACACCCUCACUCUCAACGUCGGUGUUGAAUAAGGGACCGUCAGUAAAUUACCGGUUGAUGUUCUCAGAAAAGGCUGUUUUCCUUCAAAUUGAUUUCUAAUAAUUGUACUACGGUCGAUCAAUAAGACAAACAUUAUUUGAUCAAUUUUCAUUGUUCCCCUAAAGUUCUUUGUGCUCCUUACUUUAACUUAGGAGAACACGUGCUGUGGUAUUCCGUAGACUCUGUUCUUCUCUAUACACGAGUAACAAAGUCCAGAUACCCUCAGAGCAGAACCACACCUCCACAGUUCUACUGAAGUCCAAUAAAAACCCAUCAGUCUACGACACCGAGAGGUUUCUCUUCCUCCUCGACAAACUCUGAUCACUUUGACUCCUUCGUCUCUUUUCUUCAGUGAGUUCAUCUUUAGAGAGGCAUCUAUGUUUUCCUGUCUAUGAGGUCUUAUUUCUUAUUCCCAGAUUUUAAGUUUUACAGUCGGGAGAAUUUUUGAAGACGAUCUCUGAGCUCAUUUAGAAAAAGUCCUGUUAGUGUUUGAGUGAAACGUGGAUCUCAGCGCUGAUGGAGACACGUGUUUCUACAGUUAGAGACCCUAGAAAACAUUUGUAGAUCUUCACAGGGAGAGCUCAAUAACCAGGAUGGAAUAUAUUUGAAGCAGUUUGAAUAAAACGAGUGAUUUGGUAUUUUUGAUUUACAGAAAACAAUCUCUGAGAGCUCAGUCAUCGUUCCACACGAUUCAGGAGAGGAGAUGUUUUUUUUUCACUGUUGUUUGGAGGGAGUCCAGGGACAUUUGUGUGUUUUCUAACCGAGCACGGAGACGAGGGGAACAAAAGAAGAAGAGUGGAAAUAAAACCGUCGUGGAGAGAGAGAGAGAGAGAGAGAAAGAGAGAGAGAGAUAGAGAGAGAGAGAGAGAGAGAGAGCGGGGCUGUUUUGAAGUGGAGGAGCUGCAAAAAAAAUCAGAGCGCCGCCAAAAAACUGUGUUUGUGCUGCAGAAAGGAUGAGGAGCAUGUGGUGCCACAGAGCGAUCCAAGUCGCUAAUGAGAACACACACACACACACACAAACAUGAACACAAACACACACAGGGCUGAAUACACACUCUCAGGCAGAGUUCACAGGUAGAUACACACUCCAAAAACAUGAAAACAGACAAACACACAGCAUCCUCCUGAAAAUCCUCUUUUUAUUUCUCUCUGUGUCUCUGCAGCGAACGGCUACAUCAGCGCCAGGGCCUCGCCGGGCCUCCUCUCCGUAUCCAACGGCAACAGCCUGGGGAAAGUAGUCCUGGCGAAGUCCCCGCCCAGUCCUCAGAUGGUCAACAGCCGCAAGCCGGACCUGAGGGUCAUCACCUCGCAGAGCGGCAAGAGCCUGAUGCAGCUGGUGAGGAGAACACAAACUACGGCAGCUGAACAGGGACAAAAAAGGGUCCAAACUCACAGAUCACAUAAAAAAGAGACAAACGAUGUUCAUAUGGAGUGUCAGGAGGUGGUCAAUUGAUGCAAACGUGUUUUUUUCAUGUUCAGGAUUAAGAUUUCUACAGAUUUGAGGUGAAUUUCCUGACGUUCUCUUUGUGAUCCAACUUCUGGGUCCAUUGGUUCCCCUCCACUCGGCUGUUUUGACGUUAUUCCUCAACUUCAAAGUUGAUUUCUCAAACACAGCUUUAAUAGAGACCCUCCUCCUCAUCACACUUAUUAACUGAUUACUCAUAAUCCAAGAUUUGGCGUCUCUGUAACAGCUGUUCACUUUUAAAGACGAUCGUUUCUGCAGAAUUAUAACCGCCCUGUUUUUUUCACUUCCCCUCAUCCCCCCCGACCCCCCGCCGUGCAGACAGAGGAGGAGCUGGAGUUGGUGAGUGAGGUGAAUAUAGACUUUUAGACUCUUAGCCUCCUGGAUGUGGUGUGAACUCACCGAGCAUGAGUGUGAUCACUGUCAGCGAACACGACCUGAGAGGAGAGGAGGAGCAGAGACGCCGUCACAGUUCAGAACGCAGGACUCAGCUGGUUACACGGGUUCCAGAAAGAUCCAGACUCAGGAGGGUGUUUUAGCCGCGGAGGACGCAGGAGCUGAGAAACUGAAGCUAGGCUACAGUUUUCUGCAGACAGGGUGAAGAAUUACCACCAAUUUCCACCGCAUCCGGAACCGCCAAUUCAUACCGGGUCUGUUUGUGAGGCGAAUUUGGUGUCGGAUUACAGACAGAAGGAAUCACAGGAACUCACAAGAACAUAAGCAGUAGAUUAACACGUUAACUUGAAUGGUUACGAUCAGCUAUGAUUGGCAGUUCCUGAUGCGGUGGAAAUUGGGGGUUAGACCCAAACCAGAAUCACAAAGUCUCGGCUUUGUAAUGAUUAGUCUUUGCGUUGAAAUGUACGAAUGCAAAGUUUAACAAAGUUUAACAAAGUCUGUGUUGGAGUAUUAUCUGUAAAAGCAGAGACGUGAAAACACCUUUAAUUCGAAGUUUUCAAACGCCAUCGUUUCAUUUAAAACAUGAUUUUUGUCGAUGGCAACAAAAUAUUGACCUAUAAAAAGAGGGACGGGUGAUCAGAUGUUCACGUAAACUCCUUUAAGUCUCUUUUCUCUGAUAUAAACGCUCCCAUCCUUCAGUUUGAGUUGAAUAAAUUCUGACUCUGCGCCCGUCUCUCUGAAAGUCUCCUGCUGAAUUGACAUGACAGGACUUGUUUAAAAUGAGAACACAAACCUUACAUCGAUAAUUAUAGAGAGGUGAAUCAUCUCUGUGCCACAGUGGGGCUUAAAGUGACAUUUGUGCCGAGCAAACAGCGUCUCGAGUGAAUAUUGAAGGAACCUGAGCGACCAGCUGACUCUCCGCUCUGUGUGAAAGCUGCUCAGCAUGUGCAUGUUUGGUUUUGAUGGGAGUGUUGACGCUGCGAGGAUCAGAGCGAAGGAGGAUCACUGAGUCUCCAACCUGGAGCACAGGCGGACACGCCGGAGGCCGACACGCUGACCUCCUCACAAACACACACCCACGUCCUCGCGCACGCAUGCUGCCAUGUGUUCAUGCAUAUUUCUCUGCGUAAACACACACACACACACGCCUCAAAAGAAAAACACACACCUCACAUUGUGUUUGCAUUCUUCUCAUUCCAUCUCUGCAAACAUUUACACACAAACUUUUCAACACACACACACACACACACACACACACACACACACACUCGUCUGUCCUCCUCGGUGCAUGUGUUCCUGUCAGCAUGAUCCUGCAGCACAGCGAUGCCUCUCAUAACACCUUCCACCGUGACGCUACAUAACACAGUCGCCCUGGCCCUGGCGACAGCGUUGCCGUGCCAACGCCACCUUGAGAUGUGAGACGCCUCUCAUCUUGCAUGCAGAUGUUAAAGUGUCACUGAAAAGUUAAACGCCUCGGAGAGAGCGGAGGGUCUGGAGAACGGUUUCUGUGUGGAGCGAUGAAUAAAACAUGGAUGAAGCUGUGAACACGUCUGAUACGAGUGUUUUUAAAAACACGAAAUCUGCCAAUAAAGCUUCAAAUAAACCAGGGGGUCAAAGUUCACCUGGUGCAGGUCAGUCUGAGACUAACUCAGGUUUUUAUCCUAAAGUGGAAACAGAAUUAUUAAAAAUGUUCCCCGUCCCUGUGCUGUACAGAGGAGAGCACAUGCUAACUAUUAUCAUCAGUGCUGCUGAAAACAGGUGAAGUCAUUUGCUGAGAACUCUUCAGACUGAGUCCAUAUAAGGAGAAAAGAGCAGAUCUGUUGAUGAUUUCAAUCAGGUUGUCUCACGACAUCAAACACAGAGCUGAGAAACAGAAAAACUAAAAAGAGGUUCGAUUGGACGUCUGAGUUUAAAGGUUUAAAGCCUGACAUCGUUUUUUCUUCUCAUACCUGGAUCUUUUUUUUUCUCUUCAUUGAUCUGAACGUCUGUGAGGAGCUGAAAGUUUGUCUUGUAAUAAAGUUCUCUAUAACGCCACCUGUAGGGAGGAGUGUACCUGAUCAAAAUCAGCCUCUGGAUUUGUUUCCAACAGUGAUGGUUUAAGAAAGAGUCUAAAGAUCGGGUUUAUUUCACGGCCGAAACUCUGAGUUCAGAGUGAAAAACUACCUGCCAAAUUAAGAUUAAGAAACUUUAAACUUUAAAUCUUUUGACAGAUAUUUAAGAAACUUUCAUUUUAUCAUUCAGGAGUUAAACGCUGAUCAGUUCCCCUUCAGUACAGAUGUGUCACACGGUCAUGUGACCAUCAAGCCAAUCAUAAAGUGUUGUGGGCGGGACAUUAGAGACAAAGUGAUGUUGGAAAACACACUUUUGAAUCGAUGAAUUUUAUCAUCUGUGAAAUAAAAAGACGAUUCAGAUAAUCGACCAAAUUACAACCAUCGGCCCCGAUGAUCAAAUAUCCUGUCAGGUCGUAUAAAAACAAAAAAGGAAAUAAAAUCAGUAAAAAAAAAGCUGCAAAUGUCCCUCAGUGAAGGUAGAAACAACAUUAAGAAACUGAAACUGCUUUUUUUUUAUUGACCUAUUUCAAGAAAUUCAGAAAUCAGAUUUUUCUCUGGACCUGAGAGAUAAACUUGUUUCUUCACAUGUUCUGAUGAUUUAAUUUGAGAUUUAAGAAGUUUGUUUAUUCUCGUCACUUUUAUUCAAAGAGAACUUUUCCACUUCGGUCUCCUGGUGGGUUUUAUUGUAAUAAACAGAGUAUGUGGACUUGGUCUUGACUUAGUCUAGAUCCCUGAAUGUCUUAGUCUGAAACACUAGGACCUCUGUCUGACCCCCUAAAGACUCCCACAGACACCCAGAACCCACGUCCACCGUCUCAACGUUUAACCUCCACCCUCAUUUCUGUCUUCCCAGAAUGCUCAGCGGCUAGGUGGCUCCCAGGUGGCGCAGUCACUUACCACACCAGUGGUCUCCGUGGCAACACCCAGUCUCCUCGCACCCUUCUCUGGCAUGCAGACGGCUUACAACCCCGGUAAGUCGUCGAGGGCAGAGAGACAUGAAAAUAAUCAAAACAAAAAAAGAGAAAACAGGAACUGGAAGAACCGGUCGUGGUCCAGGGUCUCCAGGGUCUCCACGAUCUCAAAUCUCCACAGAUUCAGGGCUUCACUCUAACUUUGUUCACAUGUUCUCCUGAGUUAAAAAAGUAAGGAGCACAAAGAACUUUAGGGGAUCAAUAAAAAUUCAUCAAAUACUGUGUGUCUAUUGGUCGACAUAAGCACUAUUAUUAGAAAUCAAUUUUAGGUCUUUUGGUCACAUGACAGUGAAGCUAACACAAACUGAAGGAUGUGACGUUUGUACAGGAUAAGAAGCACUUUCAGUUAUUUAAAUUUGUAUAAGAUUUCCUCUCAAACUUAACUCCGGCGUAUCUUAAACGCUCCAUCAUAUAAAUCUCCCAGAUGAUCUCUGUCCCCAUACACACACUUUUAACUGGAGUACGUAAGAGGGAGCACAUUACUCCCAUCCUGGCCUCCCUCCACUGGUUACCCGUGCAUUUUAGAGUCAUUUUAAGAUUCUUUUAUUUGUUUUUAAAUCUUUAAAUGGUCUGGCUCCAUCUUACCUCUCUGAGCUUCUCCACCCCUACACCCCAGCUCGGUGCCUCAGGUCAGCUGAUCAGCUGCUCCUGCAGGUACCGAGGUCCAAACGGAAGCUCAGAGGGGAUAGAUCUUUUUCUGUUGCAGCCCCAAUUUUAUGGAACAAGCUACCCCUCCAAAUUAGAGAAGCCCCCACACUGUCCAUUUUUAAAACUCGUCUUAAAACCCAUUUUUAUUCAUUGGCUUUUAACCCUCCAUGAGACUCGGCUCCUGUUUUAGUGUUUUAUGGUUUGUUUUUAGUUAUUUGUUUCUAUGUUUUUAAAUUAGUUUUUAAAAGCAUUGAAACUAUACAUUUAAUUCUGCUUUUAUUUUAUCCAUUGUUUUAAUUGUUUUUUGAUUGGUUUUUAUCUUGUUGUUUUGUCUGGUUAUGUACAGCACUUUGUACAGCUGUGGUUGUUUUAAAGUGCUCUACAAAUAAAGUUGAGUUGAGUUUUAUCAAUAUGAAUUAUCCAACUGUAAAUAAUGUAAAUAUCUAGAAUUUCACCACAGUCAACACGAAUAUAAUUAAAUACAUAAACUUGAAUGAUUCUUCACAUAUUGAUGAACUCAAAUAGGACCUCAGCUCCAAACAAAGAGGGUCCGAGGGUGAAGUCUGGAAAACUAACACCCAGCUCCCAGUGUGAGAAACCACAAACCAGUAUGAAUAUUCACUUUGUUCAUGGUGUGAGAGCUUCUGGAGUGAUUCCACUUCAAAGGUCUCCAUUAAUAUGGAUUAGCUCUGAUUAAUAUUGAUGCAGCAGCAGCAGAAACUUGUAUGAUGUAAAACAAUCCCCCUCCUCACCUCCUUUUCUCUCUCUGCGUCCCCGUCCCUUAAUCUCAGAGGGCCAUCUGAUGAGUGCCGAUCUCACAGCGCUCCAGACGUUCACACCACCAGGGCUGGUGCCUGGCAACAUGGCUGCCUGGCAACAGCAACCAGCGGUCUCCCAGCAACAGCAACAGCAGCAGCAACAACAGCAGCAACAGCCGCAGCUGAACCUGGCGUCGUUCAGUAACCUGGUGUAAGCUUUCUCUUCUUUUUAUUUAUUCCACUAACUCGUAAACAAGACGUAUCGCCCGUUUCCUGACCUUUGACCUCUCCCCUCAGACAUCAGAGAGAGUAGAUUUUUACCGCCACACACGAGUCAGCUGAUUCAGAACCAGCCGAACCACGCACUCAUAAAACACUCGCAGCACCUCUGCUGUACGAGGUUCAGCAUCACCCCAGCUGCAAAUGAUUCAUCUGUGAGCUGACCUAGAUAACCUCCACACACACACACACACACACACACACACACACACACACACACACACUGAGCCCAGACUCCCAGUGGAGUCCCUCUCUGAUUUAGCUCUGUUAGCCAGGCAAGGCUGCAAGCUGUGUUUUCCAGAAAAACAAACACACUCAGGGUUCGAGGCGUUAAAGCUCGGCUGGCUCACAAACACAGACGAAUAAAAUUCACUUUUUCUUCUUUUUUACUGACGAGGUGUGAAGAACGAGACUUCAGUCUGAGACUUUAGAAGUGGUUGUUUACCUGAAGUGUGUCCCUCCAAUCACCUGGUUAACCUUUUCAAGGGAACUCCUUAGGUUAGAAGAUUAUUGCUGAGUCUCCCUGGAACCAAACGGGUUUUCCUGCAGUGAGGAUCUGUCUGAAUCUGAAGGACUGAACCCUCCAGAAAAAGGUCUUUUAUUAGAGUCAGACGCUCUUCUAAAACAAGUAUCAGUAGGGCUGCACGAUACUGACAAAAAAUAAAAUCCAGAUUUUUCUCUGAAAAUUUUCAAUUUUCGAUUUUUUUUUUUAUUCAGGGACUUCACCAAACUUCACUUUGAUUAAAAGGUUUUCUAUCAUCUCUCAAAACAAAACCACUGAAAACGAUGUAGUGCAUUUACCAAGCCAGUAGGUGGCGCUGUAACGCUGCAGAGGAAAUGCACCAAAGCCAGAAGAAGAGUACAGAUCAUGUGUUUAAAGGUUGUUUUGGCGCCAUAAAAGAGUUGCUCUGUGUGUCACAUGAUCGUUUCCAGAGAUGCAGAUAGACAUCCACACGGAGAUGAAAUGGUCGUCGUUUACAGAUUUAUUCACUCUCUGACCCGUUUUCAAAAAGUACCGUUUACAGUCACCUGAAACGCCGAUACGACAAAAAACUUUAGUGUUUCCACCUGAAUUAGUUUCCGUGGUGACGGGUUGAUACCGCCUUCAGACAGACUUUACAGCGGGGAGUGGUUUACUCUUCAUCUGAAACUGUGAAGUCGUACCAAUUCAACACGACUGACACGCCAUGUUUGUUUACACUAGUGUGUGUGGGAACUGGGGAGCCUACGGUGGCCUGGAGGAGCGAGACAUGAAAGAGAGGAAAAUCGAUUUGAGGAUUUUAAUUUUUUUAACAUCGUCAUGAUCAAAUAAUCCGAUUAGGAUUUAAAAUGGAUUUAUCGUGCAGCCCUACGUAUCAGGCUUCCCUCAAAAUUCGCUCAAACUUCAGUUUUCAUCGGCGAUCGUUGGAGUUGUUGAGCCUAAAUCUGCAGAUCUGUUUGUCAUUUUUGUGUUGAAGUUCUGAACCAACAAAGAAACACAAAUGUGAAUGAUUUCUUGAUCUGAUGCUGUUUGUUGUCUGUCUUUGUUGUUUUACUAACCAAUCAGGACACAGUGGGUGGGGUUUAGAGAUCACACUUUGGGGUAUUUCAGCCGGUCCCACAGACCUCAAACUAAAGUCUAAAAGAGUGAUGAUGUCCACAGUAGAACUGAGUGAAGCUGGACUAACCUGUGGGUGGGGGAGCGGCUUGUAACUGCCUCUUGUUUUCUCCCCCCUCUCCCCCUUUUCUCCACAGCAUGUGGGGUGCAGAGAAACAGAGUGCGGAGAUGGUUAACUGCAUCUCCAAUUUUGCUGCUAACCUGAGGUGAAUGACAUGUUAGCAUCUAGGUGCUGUGCAGCUCUGCCAUGUCUGUAAUCCGUCCGGAUGAGCUACAGAAAACCACAGAGUAGAUGCUGAGUCAUGAACGCUCUCCUCUUCAUUUGUAUGUCGACUGUGACGCCUGUUGUUGCUUCGCUUUGUCUGCACGCCAUCGCUCUCUCAGUUUGCUCCAAGUAUCCGUUUAGAAGCGUGCUCGUAAGAGUUUCCACGCCACCUAAAGCUCAGAUCUGAAGCUCCUUGGAUGUGUCGUGAACAAAGAAGACGACGCCGCGGUUUGACAGCGCGGUGCCUCGACUGCUACUCAAAUAAAAGGCGUCUCUGGAUGCUGCUUUCAGCCCCGAACAGCGGCCCAGUGCACAGCUGUGCGCCGCCGCCGCCGCAGACGCGCUCAGUGCAUUAAAAUUUUACUUUCCAGCCACUUAACUGUCACUGUCAGCCGACUGUCAGACGUUAGCUUCAAUUCCUCAGACACAGGACGACUCGAGUGUGUUUGACCGAGAAGAAUAAUUCAGAGGCAGCUCGGCUGUCAGAGACGGUUAUGUCGAUAUUUAAAACUGAAUCACAUGGACUUUGGAUCAGAUCAGGGUCUGAUUAGUAAGUCUGUGCUAAUAUCUGUGAACCACGGCCUUCUGGGUAAAGAUAAUUCAGAUUAUGAUGCCGUCAUCAUCAUUACAGAUUUAGAGAUUUACUCCGAUGCAGCUAUUUAAGGGUGUAAUGGAGGGAUUUGUGACCGGACUGAAAAGAGCCCAUAGACUGUAACAAAUGGAUGCAGUGUCAGUCAUGUGACUCAGCUGUUUCUGAGGUGAAGCCUCGCAGCGGCGUUCGCCAUAUUGGAAAUACGUUCUCGACCUACCAGAGACGAGCCUUCAAGCUCAUCGCAAACAGCCUCAGUGAGCCGGCGUCUGAUUCGCCAAUCUCUUAAAGGGAUAUUCCAGCAUAAAAUUACUUUAAACACGCCCUCCAGAGAUGAAUGUUGUCGACCGCUUCCUUCUCUAGUUAUACCAACUUUAAUAACGACCGCAGGAUAGUAAUACAGAGAGCCACGCCCCCAACCAAAACGCCACUCUAUAGCCACAAAUAAUGCUCAGAACAGCACCUAACUUCAUCAACAGGACAUAUAGGGUCACAGACAUAGUACUAGACACCAAACAUCUUUUUAACUUUGACUCAUUUCUUUAACAAAGAGACUAAACACAACUCACCUACUCUCUUCCAGCAGACGCUUGUUUGUAGAGAGACCUCAGGCCAGUCCAUUACAGACUACAGCGGGGUGCCGCAGCUCAAGGAAGAACAUUUAUGAUCAUUUCUUUAUCUAUGGCUGUGACCCUAUAUGUCCUGUUGAUGAAGUUCGGUGCUGUUCUGAGCGGCUAAAGUCUCUGACACGAGUCCAUCCUGCAGAUUUUCACUCCUCACCCUCUCUCCUUGUCUCCUCCUCUGUCUCCUGUCCUCUUCAUACAUGUAUAAAAUCCCCAAAAUAAAACUUUAAAAAGAGACGGUGAAGCUGCUCAGACUCUCGUUCCAAUGAAAAAAAUAAAAAACAGAAAUGUGUAAAAGAAAGAAGUGGGUAAAAAAAAUACCAGCUGUCAGCGUAGAGAGUGUUUUUUGUUCCUCUGUCUGACAGGCUGAAAAGUGUCCGUGGAAAUAUGAUAAUAGGUUGUUUGUUAUUGUAUACAACAGCUGGGACUGCAGAGGGUUGAGCACAAAGCAGCGUAUAGUUAGCUCUCACCACCAGCAGCACUGAGGCAGCAGAGCUCUUUCUAUCACCUCGUAAAUGUUAACAAAUGGUCGUCCAGAUUGUAUGAAUCCUUCAGCAAACACAUCCAUGAAACCGCUCAGAGGCUGUGAAAAAGACGCCAGAUCUCUCUUCACCGAGGAGCGCCGGAUAAAAAACCGUCUGAGCAGAGUUUCUCUUCUCAAAACUAGAGAGAGUCUCAGGGUUCGGAGGGCGGCUCGAUUUUAUUGUUCAUUCAUGUCUGCAGAUUUCAAAAGUUGUGACGAUGAUGAGGAACUUUUUUUUUAAUUUUUAUCUAGAAACUGGAAAGAAAGGCGGCGUGACCAGAAAAACUUGUUCUUUGUCUUUUUCACAAAUUCUUACUGUAAAAACUCGACCGACUUCUACGACUUCUUUGAAAUCUGUUUUAUUUUUUUAGGACUGUUGAAAGAUUAGUUUUUUUUAAUCGCGAUUAAUCGAAGAAUCGUUAUAGUUAACUGCGAUUAAUUGUGGUUUAUAUUGCAUGUUUAAAACGCUGUUAUUUUGCAUUUCGAGGCAGUUUUAAGCCCAAAAUGUAAAGUAUCUCUCACCAGAGUUUUAAUUGGGAAUCAAUUUUUUUUUUCUUUGUUUUGCCGAUAUUGCCGAUGUCUCUGGUAGCCGCUUCGACACGCUGUUUAUCUAGGAGGGAGGGGGUGGGUAACCGUUUGUGAAGAGAUGCACGGUGGCGCCUCGAAUGAGCGGUCCCCGAGAAUAUUUACCAACAAACGUUUCUUCUCCUCACGAUAACAGCAUCUCAGUCACAUUAUGUCAAUUUCAACAAAAUUCUGCGUUUAAAAGUAAAUUCUGUUUUUAUUGGUCGAUUCCUUGAUUCCGUUAACGCAGGAACCAUCGGGUCCUAGACUUUGAUUAGAUAUUUCAGGCUGCUGUUAGGAAUAAAUCAGAGGAUCUGAAUCUCGGAGUUCCACACAGACCUCUUCUAGGACCUCAGCUGUUAUGAAUUAUCUUCGAUAUAUCGUGUCUAUAAUCUCACCUGCAUCAAAUUUGCUUUUCAUUGCAAAGAGUUAAUUCGACUCAUGCAGCUCCGUUGACCUCUGAGUAGUUCAGCAGUCAGAGUGUGAAGAGAGCUGCAGAUUUUAACACUUGAGACGACCUUGAUGACAGUUUCUUUAACGGCUGAUUUUAAAAAUCAGAAAAUGUUCAGACUGUAAAAUAGUUGCUGAGAUCGUCCCUGAAACACAGGCGCCGUAGAAAAGCCUCCACUCCUCCCUCUCUCAGGUUUACAGCGAACACCAGGCAGGUUUCCUGAGCUGUGUGUGGGAUCAGGAUGACAGAAUCACUGUAGCUGAAAACAAGCGAGCGCCACAGAAAUGUGGGAAGCUUUCCCAGCACGCCAAACUGUUCUCUGUCUUUCAACCCGAACGGAAAAAUCACGCCGUCCUAGGACAGCAUGGGCAGACGUGGGCACUUCAGCAGCCCAGACUGUUCCGGUUUGUUUUUGAUUUUAAUCACAGCGAGCAAACAAGCUCCUCCAAUCAAACGCUGAAUGACGGUUUGGCAGCGAGCUUCGCCUUCGCCGUCGUACGCACUUCUCCUCACCGCAGGCUCGACCAGGAAAUCAUCUCUGUCAUCACGCCAUCUUCCAUCCUCCUCUAUAAUCACUUCUCUUCUUCUGCUUCCGUCUUGUUUCCCGCUCUUCUCUUCAGAUCGGUGCACACCUGUUAACCCCCCCCCCAUAUUAACGUUGAUGUCACAGCUGCCCUCUAACCCCGCCCUCAAAGCCUCGCCGUCAGCUGGUCUUCCUGUUUAUGUCCAACUGCUCGUCUUUUUAGGGCCGCAGCACCAAACAGUGUCACAGCUUCCUGAGAGACCUUUUUCCUUUUUCCUUUUUUCCUUUCUUUCUUUGUUUUUUUCUUCUCUCCUUUCUCCUUUAUUUUUUCCUUUUGCUUCCUUUUUAUUUUCUUCCUUUUUUGUCCUUCCUUCCUUCCUUCCUUCCUUCCUCCCUCUUCCUUUCUUCCUUCCCUUUUUUUCCUUUUCCUUCUCCUCUUUGCUUCCUUCUCCUUUUUUCUUCCUUUCGAUAUCCUCACCUUUCCUUUUUCCCCUUCUUUUGUACUUUUGUCAUUACUUUAUUUCUUCCUCCUUUCUUCCUUCCUUUUAUUUUUUCUCAUUUCUUUUUUUUUUUUUACCUUUCUCUGGUUCUCCCUCUCUUCCUACCUUCCUUUUUCCUUCCUUCCUACCUUCCUUUUUCCUUCCUUCCUUCCUUCCUUUCUUUCUCUCUUCCUUCCAUCCAUCCUUCCUCUCUUCCUUCCUUCUGCCUAAAUGAUCCCUGGUGGUCCACUCACCAAACUCCUCACACCCACCAGACCAGGUGUGACAGCGGAUAAUUUAAAGGUUUUGAUUCUUCACUGACUCAACAGCGCCCCCUAACCUUCAAAAACAGACUCUACACUCAUUUCAACACAGAGAUAUGAAACUUAAGUAAAUGUUUAACACCAGGACCUUCCAAAUAUCCUCUUGGACCGAUCCUCCGAACCCCAACAGGAAGACGUCAAAUUGAAGUCGACUUUCCAUUUUAACGAUGCAUUCAUGGCAGCCAAUCAGACGUUGACGUCUCACUAAUAAACAGAAAGUAACUUCUUCAUAUAGUGAUCAAUCUAUUGAAUUAUUCAUAGUUAUUAUUAAGAUCCGCCCCGAACACAGCUCUGUGUGUGAACGUAGCCUUUGUCCACUCCAGUUUUCAUCCUUAUCUCCCUAUAAUAGCACCACCUAAUGGUAACAAGCGGUAUUAACUCGGAUAGAAUAACCUUUAACUGAUGGUAGUUUUUUUUUCAAAAUCUUAGCUCCGCCCACUGUUCAGGUCCCUGUCCCUGUAAACGGACUUGUCUUUUCCUGUUUACGUCUAAAUGUGGAUUUACUUCAUGCUAACAGGACCCGCCGCGGCUCAUGGUUGCUAACGCUAACUCCACACCUCACUUUCGUAACACGCCUCCGCUAACGCUCAGAUGUGCGGUGGCCCGCUCAUCGCUGCUUCACUUCUGUCUGUUUUUGUUUCCUUACCUGGUCAGCGUGUUUUCCUCCAUUCAGGACACUUUUUAAGGAACUUAACAAACUUUUAGAGCCAGUGUCUAAAUUUGAGUCAUCUACAGAUCCAUCUUUCUGGUUUGAGCUGAGUGGGUAAAAUGUUUAGUUUGUGGCAUAAUUGUCUGCGUGUUGCUUUUUCUGCUUUGUCCAUGUUUUGCAGACACAAACACACUUUUUUCUGUCUCCUACUCUGUCUCUUUCCCCCUCCCUCAGCUGUGGUUUAAAAGAGAGAGAAAAAAACCUCUUGCAGACAGUGCACACGUUGCUAAAUUGCUUACAGGACCCAGUGUUUGUCAGCAGGGCACAAUGCACACACACUAUCAGAGGCAGCUCAGUAAAACCUCCCCAGAGGAAUCGGUGUUUUCCCAGACCACCGAUUACAAACCGCAGGGUCAAAACCAUGAGCAGCUUCAUUAGGCCUCCUGCUACCUGGAACAAAAUACAACUGCAUCAGACACACUUACUGUUUAGUCAGAACAGGACAAUCAGAUGACUGUGUUCUGAGCUACAAAGCAAAAAAUGUGGGUUUAUAUGCAGAUUUCAAGAGAUGGCAUGCAGCAGAUUUCUAACAUCUUCAGCAGGUCUUGACUUACAAACCCUAAAAAUGACGUCGCAAAAUUUUUCAAGUCCAAAAAAAGAGGAAAACUGCAGCUGAAUUCAGAGUAUCUGUCAAAGAAAGGCUGGCAUCGUAAAUUUGGCAUUUAGCUCUGUGAAAAAAUACAAAAGUGAGAUUAUUCUGCAAACUAACGGGGUUUAAAUUAGAUAAGAUAAGCCUGUAUUAAUGCCACAAGGUGAAAUUUUCAUUUACAGUUCAUCCUUUUAAGAAACAUAGAGUAGACAGAUGCAUACAGGGUGACAGGAACAGGAGAACUGUCGGAUCGCCAGCCUCGACCGGCGCCCGUUUCUUAGAUGAGAAAAAGGAGGAGAGGAGGGAAGAAGAGAGGGGGAGAAAUGACAAAAAGGUACCAGAAGUUUGGACCCGUUAGAGUAGAUCACUGUCAGCUGCACAGCAGGGGUGCAAUAAUAAGUCAACAUUAUCAACAAGAAUCAAUGACAAAACAUGUUUAAUCUAUUAUUUAUGGUUUCGCCAUUUUUCCACCUCCAUGUGCGUUUUAAUUGGCCGUUUAAUAGCGUAGGAAAAUCCAACUGUGACUGUAUGUAGAUGACGACUGGGUUUAUGAGGCUUUAACACUUCCUUCCAUCCAGCUCCGUCCUAACAACUCCUCAUGACUGAAGCAGCUGUUGUAUUAAAACGUGUCUGGACUAACCAUGAGUGGCCUCCAUCGCUCUGUUUCCCUGCUGUCCUGAAGCUUUUCUUUUAUAAACCUGCUUGUCUCUUUUUCCGCCUCCCUCCACAGCUUGGCCUCUCAGUCCAACUUGCUCUUUGGCAGGGAGGAGGGCCUCUGCUGGUACUGUAAUCUCUACACUUCAGCCUCUCAGCUACAGCAUGCUGCUUUCCCAAAAUAUCUGCUGCAUGGAGGAAUCAGAGUGUCAAAGUUUCAAACGUUUGCACAUGAAACUGAAAAAUUCACUUCAAAUUGUUGUUUUGUGUAUUAGAGGGUCAGUUAGAUCUGUGCAGAGAGAGAUCUAUUAUAGAUGCAAAAAUAUAGAAGACACACUUCUGUUUAAAGGUCCCGAAUAAUACGACAUUUGCACGUCCUGGUUGUUGUUAAAGUUUUGAUGGAAAAGUAUCACAAAUGCAGCCUCUUAGUUUCUAACCUUAUUGUCCAUGCAGUGAUCUGAGUGGGCGGGGCUGCUAUGAUAAUGAGGCACUGUGCUGAUUGGCUGCCUAAAUGUCAUCUGAGGGGGGAGGGAUGCAGACGGGUGCAGCUAAAUGCAGAGGUAGAAAAACACCAAAACAAAUGUGGCAAGUGCUCCAGAAGAAUCAGCGCCGGUACCGAGACAAAUACGGCUUUUUAAAAAAGAGGAUGAGAGCAACAUGAAGAAAAAAUAUAAUUACAGGAAGGAGAUUAAAGUCGAAAUUUCGUAUUUAAAAAAAUCGAAAUUUUGGGAUUAAAAAAAUUGAAAGUAUGUCAAUAAAGCUAAAUUUCGAAAAAUAAAAAUUGAAAUUUCGGGAUUAAAGUUAAAAUUUUAAGAUUACAAAAUGUCAUGAAUAAUGUCAAAAUUGAGUGAUUAGAUAAAUUUAAAAUUUUAGCUUAAAGUUGAAAUUUUGAGAUUAAAAAAAUUUAAAUUAUGUCAAUACAGACGAAGGUUUGAAAAUAAAAAGUGAAAGUUUGAGAUUAAAGUCGAAGUUCCAAGAUUACAAAAUGUUGAAAUGUUGUAAAUAAUGUCAAAAUUUUGAGAUUGCAGUUAACAUGAAUAAAGUCAAAAAUAUUGACUUUUGUGAAUUUCAACUUUAAUUUCGUAAUUUUAACUUUAAUCUCAAAGUGGAAGUUAAAAAAAUCUCCCCCCUGUAAAGAGAGAGCAGGGAUGACGGUUAUUUUAGAUCGAGCACCGACUUUAGCGGACGUGUCGUCGUGUUCUUUAACACUCAUUGUUAUUUUUGCAAACACUGACAGAGCUGUUGGCGCGCCUGGCUCUUAACCUUUGACAUCUCGACUCUGCAAACCCAAAGCACCUUCACCGUAGUGUAGGAGGACGUAGAAACUCUUCAGGGAUAGGACUACAUGCAUGCCGAUGCAGAUCACUCCUGUGGUUGUAAAGAAGCUGUAAUCUCCCAUGAGGCUCCACAUUCACUAAAGUAUAAAUGCCAACGCACAGCGAGGAAAGACAAGAUCUUUAUUCUGCGGGACCUUUAAGGAGAAGAAGUGCUCUCAGUGAUGUUUUAAUGAGGUAUAAAACUAAAAUAUGAAAGUAGAUGACAUCCACAUUAGAUAUCAGAGUUAGAGAAAUGAACUUUUUAAAUUUGGGUUGGUUUAAGGAGGGUGACGCUGCGGUUUGUUGUUCCUCAGACGAGCAGAACAUUUUGGGAAGCAUGGCUGUAUCCCUUCACACCACACUGUAACUAAAUGUCUGCUUCUGGCUGUGCUCGCUGUGUUGUUAGCACUCGAGGGUAGCCUUGCUGUUCUCGCCUUCAUCACUGUCACCGGCUCGCUGACUCUGCCGUUUUUACCCGCCAUAGCAACAGCACCCCCGUGGCACCGCCAUCCAUCUACCUGUGCUGGCCUGGGCCGAGACAGGACGCGCUGGUUUGAUGAAGUGGGCACGGCGAGAGACCGAGCGAGCCUCUCUGCUGCCGCUCGGGGAUUUGUGUGUCUGUGCGAGGGUGGGAGAAGAAGAGGCAUUUGUAUGUAAGGCAGCGAGAGUGCACGAGUUUAAGUGUGUCAGAGAUGGAGCAAGACGGCGAGCACAUUGGAGUGUUGCUGGCCCAGACCGCCUGAAGGAGCGCUAUCUAGAAUUCCCCUCUCAAUCUGCCAGUAAUUGAGGGAAUAUUAGAGAUACAGUUCUGCAGAUGGCUCAUGAUAUGACAUAUUAGAAGACACCCGGGGGGCCAAACGCGUAAUUGGGAGCUUCAAAUUCAGAUCGACCGUGUCAAGCCGGGGGGAGACGGGGAGGAAAUGAGCGCUAACUGAAAAAUCCUGUCAAAGGAGUGGGCCACACAGUGCAGCGUCAACAGCCGGUGUCAGCUCCAGUGACAGGUUUGAGUCAGCCUCCAGCCAGCGGAGGAGGAGGAGGAGGAGGAGAGCGAAGAUGCAGAGGUUGAUCAAAGAGUGGGGGCAGGUGAUACUUAGACAGACGGGAGACGUUUGGCACCUGACUUUGUCCUGAGAAUACUAACAGUGUGACCGCCGCGCUCAGAGAAGAGCGUUUAAACACGUUUAGACUUUAGUGAAAACUUUUAAAACAGAUACUCAAGAGACUUCAACAAUCAGAGGUUUGAUUUAGUUUGACGAACAUCAGGGUUCCUGCACAGUCUGAACUUUUCCAUACCCUACUUUAUAGAAUUAUUUUUGGAAAUACCUUCUUUUCUAUUUUAGAAAACAGUUUUUUUUGUUACUGUGGUAAUAGUCUGGAAACCUCAAUAUUAUUCCACACUUUAUUCUUCAUAUACCAUACUUUUAAGGACCUGGAAGUUGAUCAAAUUAGUUGCGUAGGAACCCUGUAACAUGUAUUUGAAAAGUCUCAGUUUCAGUAAAUAGAUUCUUUUAAACAACAUGUGAUUCUGCACAUGCUCAGUUUGACCCUCCCUUCACCGCAGUCGGAGUUUAAUACAGAAGAGAGUAUUUCAGGUUGUGCAGCCGUCGUCUUCUGCUGUCUUAAGAUGAUAGUGAUUAAAACUUACGCCGGGAUUCCACCGCAUGCAGAUCCGCCACGCCCCGCUCCAGAACGGCAGGCGGAUCAAAAACACAAGCAUACAGAGAAGUCUCACGAGAUCUUGCGUGUUUCACUGUAAGACAUUAAACGAGAUCAGCGGUGUAUAUAAACACCCACAUCCCACAACCCUGGCCCCUCCCAUUAUCAUGUCGAUAAUUGUUUGCGUUAUUCUGUGACGCAAACAGUGCGGUGUAUGCACGCGCUGAAUUGAUGCGUUGUGCUGCGGCGUCAGGCAAAUAUAGGAGCCUUGCGUAUCUGAUCAAACCGCCGACGCGGAUCCGUAGCAGAGCCUGACGCCGGACAGAUUGUGUGGAAUCAUGAACAUUGAUUAUAAUGCUUGCGUGUUUGAUCCGCCUGCCGUUCCAGAGCGGAUUUCCGUAUCCUGUGGAAUUUAGCCGUUAGGUAAACAGGUAAAAUAAAUGAACAUGAUUCACCCAUGCCAGCAAUGGUGCAGUGUUGUUUUCGUCAGGCAGGACGAAAACUUAAAUGACGACGUCAGACCCCUUUUUUCCUUGACGAAAAUGAGACUAAGACGAACGUCACCAAAGCUCUGUAAAGACUAAAAUGUGACGAAAAUUAUAUUCAUUUUCGUCAGACGAGAACGAGACGAGACUAAAUUGUUAUUAGGUGGACGAACAAAGUUUCAAAACAUGCUUUUUUUUUGUCCUAACAGUCACGCCCCCAUCACACACGCACCAAAAGCCUCGCUCGCGCACAGCUGCGCGCACACACUCAUACACAUGCACAGAGCGGCAGGUGGACGAGGCGCGCACACACGCACACACACACACACACCGUGGCGGCAAGCACAGCAGCGGUGGCCGAAAAAAGAGGGAUGAUUUAUGGUCCUACUUCAGAAACAGUCCAAGUGACAAUAAAACACAAUGUCUUGUACGGGGAGACGAGACAGACGACAGUUGUGGAGCCACAGCUUCCUCAUGCUGCGGCUUCAAACUGUCGGGAAAGAACACCACGAACCUCAAAGGCACCUUUUCGUCGACUAAAACUAGACUAAAACCUUUUGAGUUUUGGUCGGACUAAAACUAGACGAAAACUAUCAAGGAUAGAAAUGACUAAAAUGGGACUAAAACGAAGAAGCAUUUCGUCAAAAUGACUAAGACGAAAACUAAAUCUAAAAUGCCUGCCAAAAACAACACUGCAAUGGUGUAAGUAUCUAGUAUACGAUAAUUGACCGGGCCGACCAUGGCGACUGCAGAUGAAACACUGUGAUCAGUACGAGUUUUACACUUUAGUCUAAAUUAAAACCACACUGCAGCGUCGUUCUGCUGUUUUCAUUUAUCCAGACUUCAGUUUAGACGGUAAAACGUUCAGUUUCUCUUUGUUAGACGAAUCUUUAAGCAGCUAAAAAUCCCUAAAUCCCUAAAUCUCAGAUGUUUUCCUCGAACUGUCCCUGUUUCGUGUUUCAGUCUCAGAGGGAGUCCUGUGCUGUUCUUGGCCGUUAGCUGUGCCAAUAGGAGGAACGAGAACCGUAUCAAAUGAAUCUGUUGAAUCAGAGCGAUGAUCCCGGGAUGACGGGUUGAGCAAUCGUCAGUCAAACUGUCAGAAUCACAAACAUGUGUAAAGAGAAGAGUCCAGAAAUUAGAUCAUGGAAGGAGUUUUCUGUUGCUGGGAUCAAAUCCACAGACCGGGCACCAAAACGGAGAGAGACGUCAGAAGAAAUCGAGAACUUCCUCGUAUCUUUUAUCGUCUGUUACCGAACCAAAAACACUGAGGCUUUCUUGGCUUUUGCAUCAGGAGCAGAGCGCACCAGCUGGGCGUGAACUUAGUCGGUCUUAUGUCUUAUAUUACACGGCUAUGACCUGCUUCUUUACUGGGAUUUACACGGACCACACCAAGCCUGACAGGGCGAGUCCCGGCUGCACCUGGUGUCCUCGCGUGUCCGCACCGACGUUCGCAGAGCGGUUAGAGAUGCUAGUGACGCCACGCUUUUGACGAUAUCUGCAGAACAUAAGUUAUAAAACUGUUGAAGUGACCAAGAGUUUUUUGAGUCUCCCCUCUUUUAAUCAUUGACAAUGACAAUUUAUCAAUCAGACUUAAAAUGGCACUGAAACAGGAAGUUAAUGAAAAUAAUGAAAACCUUUAUUCAUGUGUCAGACUGAGACAGAAAACAAAUAAGCUCUGAAACUCUCUGUGGGAUAGAAAAGCUGCUGGAUGUCGUAGAAACUGGAUUUUUAUGUCAGCCGGUCUCACAAGGCGAGUGGAUUUUAUCGGAGGAGCGUAUGACAAUAAGAGCUGAUUAUGUGAAACAACAACGUUCUGAUGUGUACGACAACAUUUUGGGCUGUUAAACUGUCUUCUGUCGGCCAAGAUCCCUUCCUUGGUUGUCGUUCCUGCUGACCUCUUCAGGCGAUUAUUUUUUAAACCAAGUGGAAAGGAGAACCGACACUCUUUUCACCCGUUUUGAUGUGGGAACCAAUGGACUGGACGGCUGCAUGGCUGACGGACUGUGCGUUUAUGUAAACUGAAACAUCGUCGUCUUUGUGUCGUAUGUCCUGGAUCUCCAUUUGCUCCCGUCUGCCCGAGUCCACACUCGCCUGGUUGAUGGCGCCGCUGCUGACUGUUGGAUGUUUGUCUUGGCGAGCUUAUCUUUGUCGUAGCCAAGUUUUGACCGGCUUGAUGGUGUCUAUUCUUGGAUUUUUUUACCUCUAAACUGGCUGAACUGAGUGUUUCAUCCCCGCACACUGUCUGCUGUCAUGUUGGGUCAAAGGUUAGCUCAGGUAGUUUUUGUGAUCGUGUGGUUUUACGGUCCCGGUCUCACUGUCUCCCUUUCCUCUCUUUCCAUCUUCUUCCAGGCAGGGUCACGUACCGAGCGGCAGUCUGAUCGUCAACACGAAUCCCAACAUCAACAUCAAGACUGAACCCGUCUCUCCAAACCGCGACCGCAGCACGCCCAGCUCCACCUGCAGCGCUAUAGGAGGCGGAGGUCAGGGUCAAGUCCAAGGACAAGGUCUGGUGACGGUGGCCUACCCGGGUACCCUGCGCCUGGAAGCAGUAGGUCAAGGCCGUUCGCCGGUCGACUCGCUCAGCAGCAACGGCAGCUCGUACGAGGGCAGCGACCGGGACGAUGGCACCCAGGGACGGGGAGGGGGUCAGGACUUCCAGCAUCAUGCCGGGACCGCAGCCCAACAGCCCACCAUGGUCCUGGUGCGGCCCCCUUCGACGGAGCCCCAAGAGCAAGACGGGACCAACGUCAAGAGGAUGAGGCUUGACGCUUGGGUGACAUGA